AAUGUAACACUCGCUUCAAACCCUUAGGUGUCACAAGCCAACUGUCCGGUCCCAGUUUACCGCUAUGGAAGACAGACUGAGCAGAGGCAGAGGAGGCAGCUGGAGAAGAGGGGGCCGCGGUGGAAGUGACAGCGACAGUCACGGUGGUGAACAACGGGGAAGAGGGAGAGGAGGCCACCACCGCGGCCGGGGGAAAAGAGACCACUACCGCGGUCGUGGACGUGGGGGAAGCGCCCGUGUAGCAGAGUUCCAUCAACGGGUGAGAGAGCAUGAGGCUGCGGUGUGUUGGCAGUCCCCCCGUCCCGCUACACCAAACCCCGUUGAAAGUAACGGAGAUUUUGUAACUGCGUCACAAAGAUAGCGCUUUACAAUCUGCGACGAUCACAUCUGACCUCCUCUCUCCCAACUCCUAACUCGGCCUUAGCAGCAUUAAAUGUAGUUCAUUCUUUAGCCUUCUCUGACCAAAUAACACAUAAUAAACUAAUGUAGAAACUUUAGCAAAAUGUUUAUUAUCAUCAGGCAUUAUCUUCAUUAAAGGUGAGCUGACCAAAAUAUAUGCUAUGACAUCAGUGACCACAAAUGGCUGGUUAGGGAAGAGUUGAGUGUUUUUCAUUUCACAUCCUCUGACUCUGACACUUGUUUCUAUCAAAAGCACUUCAACAUCAUCAUGUUAUGAUCUGAGGCUUUGGUAUGACAGAAGAGCGCUCAGCUUCAUUUUCACUGGGAUGUUCUGUCAGCCGAUGCUCCUGCCAUAGUAACUCCAGAAUUAGCAGGAAAACAAUAGGGGAUCUGUGAUUGCAAUCAUACAAAUCUCCUUCAGUACAUAGGAGCCCGUUGAUUGCAAUCAUAAAAAUCUCCUUGGUGCAUCCAAAGCUACUGUGAGGUUGUUGAUGAUUGUGUUGUGUGUUUGGCUUGUGACAGGCUCGUAGAGGAAAAAGAAGCAGACAUUGUCCUAAUGUAACACCUCCUAAUUUUUUUUCCAUGACAACUCUGUUAAAGGUUUGUGCAACAGCACGAUAGAACAGGGAGUACAUUAGCUAUGACAAAUUUAAUGAGACUGAUCAUACUGCUUGCAUGGCUCAGUCUAGAUUGGCAAUCUGGCAUACUUGGUACUUUUAUCGUUGGCUAACGCACCUAGGGGCUGGUAGGUUAGAAUAGGUAAGUUGCCCAGAUUGAUGCGCAAAAAAGUCUGGUAGUGCAAAGAAGUUGUACAUGUCCCAAUAUGUGUAAACUGGUGACUGCAGUAUCUUAAACUUGUUGUACUGUACUAGUGCAUGCUCUCCUUAAAUGCCAUGAAGUGAAGCAGCAGGUGUGUGUGUGUCAGUAAAGCAGAGGUACAAAGUGAGCAUGCCAAACAUUUUCAUAAUUAGACCCAUUUUUUUUCUGAAAGUAUUUUUUUUGGACACAAGCCCCAUGUAGAUUGAGUCACUUAUCUCAGUGGGUUUAGUAAUAAGCUUUCAUACAAGCAGUUUUUCUUUUUCUCUUAUAGGAGCGAGAUGAGGAGAAUGACUAUGAAGAGGAAGCAGAGAGGACAGAGGUUUUCUCCAGGAGGAAACUGGAGUCAAACUGGGACCGUUACGCUGAGUCAGAGAGGCAGGAGCCUGAGGAUGAUACCCCAACUCAGAGAGGAACAGACUACCACGUCCUGCUCGAGUCAGCAGGUAAGAUCCGACCAGUCAAACCUUUAGUUAAGUUUGAUUUGGCUCACCAUGUUUGCAGCCCCUCCUCAAAUAUGCCAGCUUCCAGAAACAUUACAAUGAGCCUAAAAUGGCAUGUUUCUUUGGAUUGAUUUGAGGAGCUGACAUAUGAAUCACUUUUUGGAAUCCUUUACUCAGUUUCUGGGAAUUUGGCUCGCAAAGCAUGUCGAAGAAUCGAAGCCAGUUUUCCUCCCAAGCUUAAGGGACACAUUCUCAGUCCAGUUCCCACGUUUCUAUUAGCUGCUCCAACAUUUUCUUGCUCAUGAAUGUUGGCUUUUUUUCCACCAAUAAAAAUUUAAUCAUGAGUGGAUUAGAGGAUGAGCGGAUUUUUGGUUGUAAUCAAGUUAAACGGAAGUAUUUGUUCUCUGCUCUCUGUGGACACUGCUAAUAGAUGGCUGUACAGUGAAACCUUGGGGGUCUUUGUUUGCUGGUUUCAGCCUCAGGUCAGUGUCUCUUGUCCCCAGAGCUUCAUCACAUACUGAUAUUCCAUUGCCUUAAGGGAAAAGAGUCAGAGCUGCUCAUUUGUUCCCAUUUUGGGCUCUCCAGAAUAAUGAAGGGCUAUCACAUUAAGCUUUUGGCUGAAAUCUGGUUUAUAAAGGAAGAGGACUGAGCUGAAGAUUUAAUUUCAAUUUGACACAGCCGUUGACUUCCAAGCAAUUUAUUUCUUAGUCCUCAGAAAAAGAAAAUGGUCUGAGUUAAUGCGUCAUGAUAUAUCUUUUUUAAAUGUAGCAUGAAAAAAGGAAUAUAAUGGCCAAUUCAGUAUGCUUCAAACUAAUAUUCAUAUUCACUUGGGGUCGCAUGUUCACACUUUUCUGUUGCAUUUAUAUAAAACAGUGCUUAUCAUAAUUUUCAACAUCCUAAUUCAUGUUUUUUUCUCCUCUGGCAAUACACUGUAAUUUAAAAAUGCGAAAUCCCCUCACUCUCUACUACAUUAAAUAGAUUUAAUUAAAGACUGAGGCAUGCUUUGAUAAGAUUGUAAAACUUUGUUAAUUUGUAAUCAUAAGCAGCCACAGUAGCACAACAUUACAUAAAAGCAGGUUUUUCUGACUGACCACUAGAUGACAGUGCAAGUGAGAUCAUAAGACUGGUAAACAGCUCCCAGUCUAAUGGAUUUUACAGCUGUAUGAGUUUGAGAUGAAAAUGAGGAACCAUUUUCGAGUAGUUCCAUUUCAGUGUGCAGCUUCAGUCUGUCUGAUUCCUAACAACAUCUCACGCUGUGUUCCCUCUGAAAUGUGUAUCUUUUUCUUCUCUGAUGGCGGAGGGUGUCAUAAAAGUUUCCUCUGCUCACAUUUCCUCUGAACUUGUUUUACGUCGUACAAUUCCACAGACGGAAGGUCUGGUUGCUGUUUUUUUCGGUUGCCUCUGAGUACACAUUAAAGCCCUCCUCUGUCCUCGAUCUCUGGGACCCUCAAUUUUCUGUUGAAUUUAUCUUUGUCUACAUCAGCUGUUAAAAAAUUUGAAGAUUAAUUCAUGUUUAAAUGUAAAAUCCAAGGUAAUCAUUUAAAUGCCUUCAGAAUAACUAUAGGAAUACAAAAGAAUUAGUAAGCUCAAUAUUACUGGCUUCUUUUGCUUUUACCUUGAUGAAAAACUUGUUUUAAUUAUCCAAGUUUCAAUCAAAAUUUCUGAGAAAAGAGAAAGAGAAGCUGAGAAACCCAACGUCAAUCCACCAUUAUGCCCUUUAAACAGGCAGAAACCUGAGCAGAACCAGACACACUGGAAAGCAACCAUCUGUCAAGACUGGAUGAACCAAGAAAGUGGGAUCACGAGGGUGAUGGAAAAAGAGAGAAAAAGAAAACAAAGCAGCAAUAGGAAGUAGGAUUAAUGCAGAUGAAAAGCCACAGUGCCAGACAUUCAAGUGAAAUAUGUGUAAUAUUAGCUAUAAUAAGUGCAGUUAUGGUAAUUUAAGUAUGAGAAUGGGCCAGAAUACGAGCAUUGGCAUCAGUCUCACAAAAGUGCUCAUACAAGAAAGGCACGACACAGCCCGCCAGCAUCAGACAUAUCCUUCCUCUGUAGUGCUGUGCCUGUGCUAAAACAGUCAACAGGCUAAACUCUGCUCUGAACUGCAGGAGAAGUCUGUUAUUUCACUGGAGUCAUUAUGGCAGUGAUGCUUGAACAUGUUGAUGUGAAAAUCUGGAGUCACUGAGUCGUCCCUUUCAGCUGGUCUCCUCUGCUCUCAGCAUGACUGAGUGGAUUUCAUAACACACUGCUGCAGAGAGGAAAGCACUUCAUCGUGUUGAGUUAGAAAUUGUGGAAAUGUUUGGUUUCAUAUCAUCAAGUGUCGGGUUAUUUUAGUUUUAUGUAAAAACAGAAUGUGGUCUGAGUAUGAAAUGCCAUUAGUGAGAGGAGGGUGGCAUUGACACGUGAACUUUGGGUAAAUUGAUAAACUUCAGUCUGUGAUUUUUCUUUUUUUUUUACUUUAUUAACAAAACUGUCAUGGAAGCGCUGGAAGGGCUGAAUGAAACGUGACUGUCUCUCUCUCUCUCUCUCUCUCUCUCUCUCUCUCUCUCUCUCAAGGUGAUAGUUUUUCUUGAUCAUCCACUCACAUUUGUCGUUCAUCUCCUUAUAUGACUACUGAGAGUUUACAGCCAACAUAGUGUUUUCCUGGUUUUAAUUUUGGUUUUAUAGCCCACACCUUCACUGUUUUGGCUCAGUCUCUUAGCUCUCAUCAAUUUUAUUUUCAGCCGCAACAUGAAACUAUGAAAAAACUCCCAACAACCCACUGUGUGCUGUACUUGUCCAAUACUAAAUUACAGCCAAAGUUAGAGACUAUCUGCUCAACAUGAUGGAACAUUGAGCACCUAAACAGGCAGAUAAUUCCCUGUGGAGUUGUAAAUGCAGGGGGAUAUUGGACACACAACGAGCUGUUGUUGAAUUGUGUUCGCGUGUUUGUUGAUGGAUUUUAUUGGGUGAGUGAUGAUAAAAAGGAACUCCAAUUUUGUUUAUUCUUAAGCUAAACAAAUCUCCUUUUUAGCUUAUUAUAAGUUAAAGAAAUUCAAUUUAUGGCUACAUUCUGUAUGUCCCACAUCAUUUACAGUCCAAUUAGUAUCUUAAAGACCCACUCAGAUGAACAUCAUGUUUUUCUUGUCGUCUACAUGUUCAUAUGGCAUUUUUCUGAUUCUACAGGACAUUUCAUGAGAAAAAUAAGUGCGAAAUUGCAUUUCUGAUUAUUUCUGCUGUGAAUCUCUGGCAAACCCAAAGGUCCCCGGAGCCCUGCUAUGCAGCCCAGACUUUGAAAAAUAGAGAGGACCAUCACAGAACAAGCGUGUGUGGUAGCGAAUUCCAAUGCUAAAAGGAAAGCUAAUUAUGAUAUUAACUUUCAUCAUGUCCCUUAAGACAUUAGUGUCCAAGAGCUGAAUAGCUCCUAUGUUACCUGCCACUUCGACUACACCGGCAAUGUUAGGCUGCAAGCUAGCAUGAAGAGGAGUGUGAUGAGUAGCACUGUCUCCGCCCACAACUCAGAGGCGAAUAGCUAAUGAGCUACUGGAGCUCUGCAGAAAAAAAGCACUUGAAAAUGACACAGGUAACAUGAUUUCAUGUUGCAUGAUCAAAAGUGAAGCAAAAUUCACCCCUCAAGAAAGCUCAGCAAAAGAAGACAGAUAGAUAGAUAGAUUGAGUGAGUGCGUGCGUGCAAAAAGUAUUCAUACACUUCACUUUUUCCACAGUUUGUUUUGUUACAGCCUUAUUCCAAAAUGGAUUAAAUUCCUUUUUUCCCUCAAAGAUUCAACACUAAAUACCCCAUAAUGACAAAGCCAAAAACUUUUUUUUCACAACAUUUUUCAAAUUUUUUUCAAAUAAGGCACUCAAAUGUUGCAUAUACAUAAGUAUUCACACCCUUUGCUAUAAAACUCAAAAUUGAGCUCAGAUGCAUCCUGUUUCCACUGAUCAGUCUUGAAAUGUUCCUCCAACUUGAUUGCAGUCCACCUGUUGCAAAUUCAGCCGAUUGGACAUAAUUUGGAAAGCCACACCUGUCUAUAUAAGAUCCCACAGCUGACAGAGCACGUCAGAGCACAAACCAAGCCAUGAGGUCGAAAGAAUUGUCUGUAGACCUCCGAAACAGGGUUGUAUCGGCGCACAGAUCUGGGGAAGGUUACAGAAAAAUAUCUGCGGCAUUGAAGAUCCCAAAAAGCACAGUGGUCUCCAUCAUUAAGAAAUGGAAGAUGUUUGGAACCACCAGGACUCUUCCUAGAGCUGUCCGCCCAGCCAAAAUGAGCAAGCAGGGGAGAAGGGCCUUGGUCAGGGAGAUGACCAAGAACCUGAUGGUCACUCUGACAGAGCUCCUGCGUUCCUCUGAGUAAAUGGUAGAACCCCACAGAAGGACCACCAUCUCUGCAGCACUCCACCAGUCAGGCAUUUAUGGUAGAGUUGCCAGACAGAAGCCACUCCUCAAUAAAAAGCACAUGACAGCCCGCUUGGACUUUGCUAGAAGGCACCUGAAGGACUCACAGACCAGGAGAAACAAAAUUCUCUGGUCUGAUGAAACGAAGAUCAAACUCUUUGGCCUGAAUGCCAAGCGUCAUGUCUGGAGGAAACCAGGCACCGCUCACCACCUCGCCAAUACCAUCCCUAAAGUGAAGCAUGGUGGUGGCAGCAUCAUGCUGUGGGGGUGUUUAUCAGCGGCAGGAACUGGGAGACUAGUCAGGAUCGAGGGUAAAAUGAAUGCAGCUAAGUACAUCGAAAUCCUUGAUAAAAACCUGCUCCAGAGAUCUCGAGACCUUCGACUGGGGCGACGCUUCAUCUUCCAGCAUGACAAUGACCCUAAGCACAUGGCCAAGAAGACAAAGGAGUGGCUUCAGGACAAGUCUCUGAGUGUCCUUGAGUGUCCCAGCCAGAGCCCAGACUUGAACCCGAUUGAAAAUCUUUAGAAAGACCUGAAAGUAGCUGUGCACCGACGUUGCCCAUCCAACCUCACUGAGCUUAAGAGGAUGUGCAAGGAAGAAUGGGAAAAACCUCCCCAUAUCCAGGUGUGCCAAGCUUGUUGCAUCAUAAACAAGAAGACUGGAGGCUGUAAUCACUGCCAAAGGUGCUUCGACCAAGUAUUGAGUAAAGGGUGUGAAUACUUAUGUAUAUGCAACAUUUGAGUGUUCUUAUUUUGACUAAAUUUGCAAAAUGUUGUAAAAAAAAGUUUAUCGCUUUGUCAUUAUGGGGUAUUUUGUGUAGAAUUUUUGAGGGAAAAAAGGAAUAAGGCUGUAACAACAAAAUGUGGAAAAAGUGAAGUGGUAUGAAUACAUUCCGGAUGCAUGAAGAUAGAUAGAUAGAUGGAUGGAUGGAUGGAUAGAUAGAUAGAUAGAUAGAUAGAUAGAUAGAUAGAUAGAUAGAUAGAUAGAUAGAUAGAUAGAAUUCAGGUUUUGUCAGGUCUUUCCACUGGAGUUGAAAAAACUUUUAAAAGGCUUGUGUGUUCAAUGGAUGUUGGACAAAUCAACUCUGAUGCAUUCAAGGAACUUUGGAGAUUGCAGUGCAGAUUGUCUAACACAUUGUCAAACCGAUGAUUACAUAAUUUCUAUGUAGAAGGGAUUUGUCACUGCACUUGCAGAUUUCUCUGAACAGUGGUGAAUAAAUCGUCAAAUUUAGCUUUCCAUAUGAGGUGCACAAAAAACCUGCUGUUCUCAACCUACGAAUGUAGAACAGCUGUUAACCAGAACGUCUCCCAUUCUGGAAAACCAGACACUCAAAUACGGAAUCCCCAAUUUAGCCCUCAGCCCUCCAUUAAAUACUUAAGGUUCUAGCUGAGACAGUGAAGGAAGUUUGAAAGCUCGUUUUUACUCGGUGUGAGUGUUUAAGCAGCUAACUGCGCGUAUGGGCACGCUGUUUUCUCUCUUAUGCCAUUAGAGAGCUGUAGAGUGUUGCAGGGGCGUGUCUCUCUCCCCUCCUGUUGUAGCGUAAAUGCCAGAGGUUCUCCUGUGAGUUGUUUGACUCUCUCUGUGUUUUUCCCACAUUGUCAGAUUAGUCACAGCGAAAAGCAAGAGGCUGCUGCUCUCCAGAGGAUACUUAAUUGUCCGUGGGAGGCAAAGCUUUCAAAAGCCGUUUUUCUGGCCCAAUUACGGUAGACGUGACAUCAGGAAUUCACCACAGACACCUCCCUUUAACUCAUGCUUUGUUAUUUCUAAAUAUGUCUUAUAUCACCGCACUUUCUGUUUCUGAGGCGCUGAAAUAUCGGAUUAAUCUGUUUGUUUUGUUGGCAGGAUUUGACAGGAUGUACAGGUCAGAUGUUGUGUAUUUUUAGACAGAGAUGGCCUGGAGCAGCGAGUCUUACGAGACUCAAACUCCCAGAGCAGAGAGGUCAAGAGCAGAGCUCUACCUGCAGUAUGUUGGAGGCGUUAGACGUGAUGGAGAUGAUGAGCUGGUUUUACAACAUUUUAAUCAAACAUGCCAACCGUUUUUACUCCACAGCAAUCCAGCAUGUCAUUAUCCAACUGAUAAGACUUUUCCCUGUAUCACAAAUACUAAGGUUGCUGUGCUCUGUUGUUAUUGCUGAUCCCAUAUGAACAACCUAAAACAAAAGGGUCUAAAUAUAUUCCUGAGUGGGCGGGGAUCGUUUUGUUUCUGAAAUCAUAGGGCAGAAAGCUUAGAAGUUUCUUUAAAGCGAAAGAGUUCAACUCUUGAAGCUCUGCAGCAAGACUACUUUCAUUAUCCACAAAUUAGCUUUUUAAAUUUUUACAAUAAAUCCAGUGAGAUAAGAUGGGACGAGAGAUAAUUUCCUCACAGGGAAAUUAGUUUCAGACUCUGUCCUGCGAGCAUACACAUGAUAGGAAUCAUUUUACUCCAUCAGUUUAAUGCAGUGUCUGAUUUUUUUAGGUGUUGUCACUGAUGCCUGCUCUGGUCUGUAUCCUGAUUGUCUUUGCUGCUGCUCUCCCUGCCUCAGACUCGCCCCUACACAAACACAAGAGCCCACAGAACGGAGCCAUCCCACCAAAUAUAACUUAUAGCAUCCAGACAAUUAAUCCUCCAAGACCAAAAAGGAUCUGACUGAACAAGACAUUUAAAUAUGUAAAUUUGUGUAUUGGGAUGUAGGUUCAAGAACUUAAAGACCCCCUGCCCAGUUAAACCAACACAAAAGUCUUCUACUUUGACUAGUGCACAGCAGUUAUACAGGGAUUUGUGAUAUUUCUUGCACUGUAACUAACAUGUCAGUUUUGUGUGUUGGACUUAUGACCCUGAUGCGACUUCCACACCAUGAGUGUGUUACAUUACUAUAUUACAAACCUGUCAGUAUGUCUGCCGGAUUGCUUUACUGCUCAUUGAAUGAAACUACAACUUUUUCUUGAGUGGAAUUAAAAUCUUUGCAGCCUUCUGUACUCUGCAACUAUAGACCUUUCAGCUAAGGUAAAACAUCAGUUAAAAGUUUGAAUGUGGAAAUAAAUGGAGGAAACUUUUUUGGGUGAUUGCAGAUAUGGAGGAAACUUUUUUGAUGAUUGCAGAUAUGGGAAUUAUGUCUAGACAAACAAAAUAUCUCAAAGAUACACUAGUCUUUAUGCACAGGAGAGUAAAAGCACACCUGUAACACCUUUGAUGCCCCCCUGGUUUAAGAGUUUAGGAUCCCAUAACAUCGACUGAGCUCCUAAACUAUGAGAACAAAGUGGAAAAUGAAAAGAUAAUUCAGGCUCAUUGUGACCUCCAAGUUCCUUUUGACUGGCAAGAGAAACUGUUGCUUCACAGCUUCAGCGCCAGCAGGAACAGAUGGAGAGAGAGGCAGUGAUUUUUUUUCUGGAUGAACAGACGGACAGGAAUAGCUAUUAGCAAAGCUGUUAUUCAACGAGAAUCAGGAUUUCAUAGUCAGCAGCUAACAGUUUUAAAUAAAUAAAUUAAGAUUAGGGCUGUGAUAGAAGCAGAAAUGAGCCAUAAUUCAUACAACUAAACUACAAGUAAGAGCCGUAAAGGGUGCUGACAGGAACUGUACAUUCUUUUUUUUGUUAAUAUAUUAGGUGAUGGCUUUCUUUGCUUUUGAACAUUCUGCUGUUGUUGUUUUACAUUAUGUGCUGAAAAAUCUGUAUCUACGUCUUAAUCUCAAAGUUUUGUUGAUUAGUGUUUUAUUUGUAAUUGUCAAACUAACAUGUUUUCUUAAUUCAACAACUCAAGUCUCUAUUAUACUCUAAAAUCAUAAGACAUUUUAUUCUGAAAUCGGAGAAUAAAAAAAUAAGGGCCACGUAUAUUUAUAUAUAUAUUAUAUAGUAUAUAAUAUAUGUAUAUUUUAUAUAUAUAUAUAUAUAUUUUCAUGAUGAAAAUGGGCUGCCAGCAAAAAAACACAUGGAUGUUUAAAUAAAGGUUUAAAUUAAUGUGAUGAUUUAUGUAUUUAUACAACAAUACAGUACAAUAAAAAAAAAACUUUAUCAAUCUCAAGAGGGACAUUUAUUAGUGUGUAAUUUUGUCCCUCUUGGUACACUCAGUACGUUUACAUGCACAGGUUAAUCAGACUAAGCUCAUAAUUUUUUUUUCCGCCGAAUCGGACUUCUCUUAUUGCCUGCGUACACAUGCAGCUGAGAAAAUUGAAUAAUUGACGUGAACGUUUCCUCCUCCCUGAAACUAGGGGGCAUUGUGAAUCUUUUUAGUGACGCUGUUUCCGACCCCAUACAACCGUCAACAACAACAGCAGGUCGGUGCCAGACGUCAGAAGUGACUAAAACUGCUGCUGGGCAUUUUCAAGCAAGAAGAUGGAGCAUCAGUACAGUGUUGUUUUUGUCAUACAUGGCAUACGCACUACUUUUUCUGCAGAUGAGAGUCACGCUACUCCUCUCCUCUGGUGUUCUUGUUCUGGGGUUACGGGGGCAUGGCGCACGCGCACGCGCAUUGUCUGAUCAUACUCUGACUACACCGGUUACAUGAUAGAGAAAAUUGAAUUCCAAUCGCAUUAUCUAGGUGUCCUAAUCGGAGUUCUCCGACUCCAAUUGGAGUUCUGAAACUCCAAUUAUAGUCAGAAUAAAGUAGUUACAUGCACUUCAGUUGUCCGGUCUUAAUCGGAGUAUAGCAAAAAUUCAGUUUUCUCGAGCGUCUUCUAACCGUACUGACUGGGUCUUCUUUUUUUCAGUUGCCACUAUGAUAUGAAAUAACACCACUGUGUUUUUAAUGGCAUUUUUGGCUUUUAAAAACACCCAUAAGGCUCAGCCAAAUGUUAAAACGCCCACUCCAUGAAUCAGUGUUAAAACAUCAUUUAAGUACUUGUUGAAUACCUGUGUGCAAAGCAUGCAGGUGCAGAAAAUCAGACUGAACUCAACAGACACCUGCAUCACGAAGACCAGCAGAGCACUAUGUUGGAGUGUCAGAAUUACCACAGACCUGUGGAUGAAACCAAAAUACAGGAGGUUAUUGAGGGCUUGCUAAAUUAAGGGAAUCAAUAUACUCAUAGUUAAACAUUGUAACUGACAGGAUAAGUACUUAGGAGUUGUCUCCUUCCACCAAGUUAUGGUUUCAGACAGCAUUAAACAGCUCAGCUAGAAAUAAGUCAAAAUGAUCAGAUUUGUCUCAUUGUCUUAAUUUGAUUCCCAAAUGGUGAUAAUGGCUUUACAUUGAUGACAUGGACCCAAAAAGUAUUAAGGAAAUCUAAAAUAAUGAAAUUUUGCACAUGUCAUUAAAGAUGCGAUUAAUCACAAUCAAAUGUAUAACGUUUUUUGGAUUAAUGAUGAUUACCGGUAAAUAUAAAAAUCCUUCAGUUACUGAAGAAUGUUUGACAGCUGAAGUUAACACCCAACAAAAGUAUCAGCUCUUAUUGGCCAAAACUCUUGAUCUAGCAUUACUUCUUGUAUUUGAAAUCCUUUUACAAAACUAAGUACUUUUCAUCCCUGAUUGUUGUAAUGCAGCACCUGUCACUGUCGCUGUUUCAAUGAGCCCUGUUCAUAAAAUCUACAUUUGUUUAAUUUUUUUUUUCCAGCUGCACUGACAUGUUUUUGUUCAAAGUUUUUUGCAUCUUUAAAAUAAGAAAUUCCCCAACUGUUUACACAGUAGUAUGAAACAUUAAGUGGAGAGGAGAAGGGGUAAGCCUGAUUUACUUUCUGUAAAGGCUGCUGUAUCUUUUCAGCAGAUUAAAAUUGUCAGUCUUUGAUAAUGUCAAACUGGGCUGUUUGAAACAACAGUGGCUGCCGCUUUCAUGUCAAAUCUGUGUGAAAAGCUCGGCCAUACUGUGUUUGAUCAGAGUAAUGGAGCCUGAUGGGGAAAUGAGAUAAAUAUACAGUUUGAUUAUAACUAAAGGUCAAUUUAGUAUCUGUUGUUAUGUUGCACAUGGAUAAAUGUAAUACUCUGCCUCUCCAAACAUCCCGGGUGCUUUCAGUAUUCAGGCGUUUGAUCAUCCUUGAUUAAAUCUUUAUAGAAUAUUCAAUGAUGAAGAGCUGGGGUGUUAGGAGGCAAGGACGCUGUGGACGCUUGCUCGAUCUUUCCUUUGCCUCAGGUUGCUGUUCAAGGAUGAAACCUUGGUGCUUUAUAAACUCCGAAUAUUUCCCAAGACUGGCGCGUUUAAAAUGUGCCUUUGAGCAUGAAGGUUUCCAUCACCUUGAGAAUGACAGAGUUCAUAAAGUAAAGAGAGCGCCGAAUCGCGGCUGUAUUGAUUGAAUUUAAACACAGGUUACCAUGAAGCCUGAAGGAAUGAAUCGUUGGCGCCUCUUUUGUAACCUGAAGGUGAUUUUAUUUCUCCAGGCAUCGUCUCAGAGUUGCAUUGUUGGGGGCUGAUUGUGCAGUUGCUAUGGCUGAUGCAGACUUACUCUGUGUGCGUUUGUGUGCCUGUGUGCCUGUAUGACUUGGGGGAAGUGCAGGGCAGUUAUUUAAAUCCUAACACGGUCAUCUAUCUGUACACAUUAAGACAGGGAUCAAUCCUCCUCCCCCGCAGCCGUAGUUUGGCCAGGCUGCUAAUGGGCACCUAUCAAGCCUCAAUCAUAAUGAGACAAAAGAAAAUCGCAUUAGAGCCUCAGUGAUUCUGCUAACGAGAUUGACAAACACAAGGAUGUUUUCUUAACUGAGAUGAAUAGUCCCAAUCAUGCCAUUUCUUCCUAUGUUCCGGUGUCGUUAUGGAUACUUGAUUAGCCAGGUAUACUGGGGAACAGUGGCGUCAAAGCAGAGGAAUGAGGCUAAUCCUUACUGUCUGGAUGAGAAAAAUAGGAAACAAAGAAUUACAAGUGAUCAGUGUGUUUCCCUGAGAUAUUUGAUUAUGAUGAGGACAGAAGAGGAGGGUGGUGUGAGGCUAAAUAAAGCCACAAGUGGAUCGAAGACUCUUUGGGAUCAAUUCACAGAAAACUCAUCCCACUUUGAUCUCCAAAUACCUUUGUUAUUUAAGUGUCCAAACUGCUAACUAGUCACCAAAGGUAGAAAUCAGUAAGUUUACAUCUUGUUAAAAAAAUCAAUUUAUUGCAUUACUGACUGAAACUGGCUUUUUAAAAAAACAUGUUAACAGAUGAAUGCGUUAGGAAUUUCGCUGAACUGAUCUUCUCAUAGUCAGACUCACAUACCUGGAUAAUACAGUGCAUCCGGAAAGUAUUCACUUUUUCCACAUUUUGUUAUGUUACAGCCUUAUUCCAAAAUGGAUUAAAUUCCUUUUUUCCCUCAAAAAUUCUACACUAAAUACCCUGUAAUCACAAAGCCAAAAACUUUUUUUAGAAAAUUUUGCAAAUGUAUUUAAAAUAAGACAGUCAAAUGUUGCAUAUACAUAAGUAUUCACACCCUUUGCUAUUAAACUCAAAAUUGAGCUCAGGUGCAUCCUGUUUCCACUGAUCAGUCUUGAAAUGUUCCUCCAACUUGAUUGCAGUCCACCUGUAGCUAUUUCAGCUGAUUGGACAUGAUUUGGAAAGCCACACCUGUCUAUAUAAGAUCCCACAGCUGACAGAGCACGUCAGAGCCCAAACCAAGCCAUGAAGUUGAAAGAAUUGUCUGUAGACCUCCGAAACAGGGUUGUAUCGGCGCACAGAUCUGGGGAAGGUUACAGAAAAAUAUCUGCUGCAUUGAAGAUCCCAAAAAGCACAGUGGUCUCCAUCAUUAAAAAUGGAAGACGUUUGGAACCACCAGGACUCUUCCUAGAGCUGGCUGCCCAGCCAAAAUGAGCAAGUGGGGGAGAAGGGCCUUGGUCAGGGAGGUGACCAAGAACCCGAGGGUCACUCUGACAGAGCUCCAGCGUUCCUCUGAGGAGAUGGUAGAACCCUACAGAAGGACCACCAUCUCUGCAGCUCUCCACCAGUCAGGCAUUUAUGGUAGAGUGGCCAGACAGAAGCCACUCCUCAGUAAAAAGCACAUGACAGCCUGCUUGGACUUUGCUAGAAGGCACCUGAAGGACUCACAGACCAGGAGAAACAAAAUUCUCUGGUCUGAUGGAACAAAGAUCAAACUCUUUGGCCUGAAUGCCAAGCGUCAUGUCUGGAGGAAACCAGGCACCGCUCACCACCUUGCCAAUACCAUCCCUACAGUGAAGCAUGGUGGUGGCAGCAUCAUUCUGUGGGGAUGUUUUUCAGCGGCAGGAACUGGGAGACUUGUCAGGAUCGAGGGAAAAAUGAAUGCAGCUAACUACAUCGAAAUCCUUGAUGAAAACCUGCUCCAGAGCGCUCGAGACCUUUGACUGGGGCGACGCUUCAUCUUCCAGCAUGACAAUGACCCUAAGCACAUGGCCAAGAAGACAAAGGAGUGGCUUCAGGACAAGUCUCUGAAUGUCCUUGAGUGGCCCAGCCAGAGCCCAGACUUGAACCCGAUUGAACAUCUUUAGAAAGACCUGAAAGUAGCUGUGCACCGACGCUGCCUAUCCAACCUAACUGAGCUUGAGAGGAUGUGCAAGGAGGAAUGGGAAAAACCUCCCCAUAUCCAGGUGUGCCAAGCUUGUUGCAUCAUACACAAGAAGACUGGAGGCUGUAAUCGCUGCCAAAGGUGCUUCGACCAAGUAUUGAGAAAAGGGUGUGAAUACUUAUGUAUAUGCAACAUUUGAGUGUUUUUAUUUUUACUAAAUUUGCAAAAUGUAAAAAAGAAAAAAAGUUUUUCGCUUUGUCAUUAUGGGGUAUUUUGUGUAGAACUUUUGAGGGAAAAAAGGAAUAAGGCUGUAACAACAAAAUGUGGAAAAAGUGAAGUGGUAUGAAUACUUUCCAGAUGCACUGUAUGGUAAGGGAUUGAUUCUUCGCUGAUGCAUUCUGCUGACUGUUUUGAUAUGUGACAUGUCAACCAGGGGAUGACGUGAUGGUAACUCACAGAAAGGGGGCAUGUCGCCACCUACUGUAGCAGUGGCGAAUGUGUGUCUGUCAACAAUCUGGUUCUUUCCCAGUAGUUGUAAAGUAGGACAAGGAUGGUGGUCCACUUAAAUGGCAUAAUAGACCUUUAAACCAUAGCUCGAUUUAACUGUGCAUGUAAACGUGUUGACUUAUUAGGGGUUGACCCACAUUGUUUUUUUUCAGCGUCAGUAUUUGUUAUCAGACAGUUAUGGGACAGAGCCAAUAUGCCCAAAACCAGCAGCACUCCACUAGGAGAAGAAAAUCUUUGUCAAAAAUAAGAAUUUCGGAAUAUGGGCAGUGUUUCCUACAGGACGGGAAUCUUAACUGUGGGGGUGUGUGAUUUAGGGAGCGAGGGGUAAUUAAUCAGCUGUGUGAUUGCAGAAGACAACAUGCUAAUGCUAAUACUUGGUACGUAGGUGCUCCGUGGUUGGCGCCUCAUGAACAAAAAACCCACAUUUUUAGGGUGUGGCGACUUUUCUUUAGCCAUGGCGGUGCGCAACAAUCAUUACAUGUAGCAGAAACCCUUCAUGGAUAUGGAGAACCAGUUCCAAUUUUGAACCAGUUUCAAAUUUUAGGGAUUUGUGGAUCAGAUAAGGCUCAUGAAUUGUAGUUCUGCUCUGUUGGUUCCUAGCAGCAAAACAAAUCUACAAGACUAAACUUGAGUGAGAAUUUUGCAGUACCCAUAGAGUACUUAUCUGUCAGACCUUGCUGUGUCAGCAGGAAGUUGUGUCAUUUGAGACGCAGUACAUAAAGUUAAGAGAAGAGGAUCAUGGCAGACUGCAGUGGAAAUCUGCAGGUUCAGCUUUGGAACUUUAAUUGAUAAAAUUCAAAUUUUACCCGAUACUUAUAUUACUAACUCCCAAACUGCAACUUUUUGCAAUUCAAGUGAAAAGUAAACAACUUAUUAAAGGGAUAUUCUGGCGUAAAUGAAUUAUAGUCAAACACGCCUCGAGAGAUGAAUGUUGCAGACUUCUUGCUUCUCUAGUUAUACCAACUUUAGUAAAGACGAUUGCACGAUAGCAAUACACAGCAAUACACGGUCUACGUCUCACCUUACAGCACCUAACUUCAACAGUACAUAUAAGGUCCCAACCAUAGUACUAGCUACUAGCUAUUGUGCAAUUGUUGCUGAAGUUGGUUUAACUAGAGAAGCAAGCAGUUGGCAACAUUCAUCUCUCAAGGGGGUGUCUAAAUCAGUGUUAUGGUGCGUUUGACCACAACUUAAAUUUUCGCUGGAAUAUCCCUGUAAAUUAGGAGUACAGUUCUGUCAGACAGUCAUGUGACAUCUAGCAAAUCAGAUUAAAAUAAUGAUAUUGUGGGUGGGACAUGAAGUGACUGAAAAAAAACAGAGGCAGUAAAGCAAAAACUUUUUAAUAAAUGAAUUUAAUUGCAGACUGAAAAUAAAAAAGCAAUACAGGCCACCACCCACUUAUCACUUUUUCCUCAAAGGUGACACAAUUUUAAGAAAUAUAUCUAAAAAGAAAAACUAAUUUUCUUUGAUUUCCUUUGAUUAUAAGGGCAACUACCAAAGAUGAGGUGUGUUAGCAACAACCCAAAACGUUGAAACUUCUGAUUUACAAAGAUAGAAGAAUGGAAAAAGCAUCAAAUAUGCAGGUUUGAUAUUAUUAAUCAUUAAAAAUGUUAAAGGCUGUCUUAGAAAAGUACUCAAGUACUUCAAAUUAGGCUGCAUUCAUUUUUCUAAAGGUUUUUUUUUUUUUCACCGGUUAUUUCCCUUUUAAAACUUUUUUCUGUAAUAAGUAGUCAAGGAUGAGCCUCUUUUUUUCUUGAACUGAAGCUGAUGCCUUCUAAUCACCCAUUUUCUCCUAUUUAUUCUCCAAAUCCAAUUAUACUCAGUUAAUUAUAGAGCCACAAUAAAUGUUCCUUUCAUGAGCCGAUUGAACCAAAUGAAAAUUAAUCUGCAACCAUUGAUAAUCAGUUAAUAAUUGAAGUGAUUUCACACGGAGAUACUGGACACUGGCUUUACCCCAUGCAGCAUCUUAAAAGUCAGAUUUCUAGGUUUUUUUAUGUUGUGGCUAUAAGUGAACUCAGUGCCGCUCAAGGUUUAUGUGUGUGUAAAGUCAGGAUGGAGCUUUGACAAAUGUCAGUAAAUUUUCUGUUAAAGUCACAAACACAGAGAGGCUGGAGUGAUAUGAUUUUUGUCAUAAAUAUGAAGUACUUCUUUCCGGCAUGUCAACAAAAGCUGAAAGUGCAGAAACUUUGUGAUAGUGGACUGUUGUAGAGCUGUUGUUGAGGAUUGCAUUGAUACUUAGAGGCUUGUCGGUGUACUGCACACAUAUAUACAUAUAUAUAUAUAUGUGCUGUGUUCCAGUUACCUCGGAAGUAGGAUGUCGGAGCUGGGAAUGACGUUACACACGAGUUGACAGUGUUCCAGUAAACAAGUUGGAAAACCAAGAUAGACUCCUACUGUUAGCCGUUGUUAGCUGUCAUUACCACAGAAAUGCUAAGAAAUAUGACAUUACCAGAGCUUUCACUGUUACUCUUUGCUGUUGUGUUGGCCAAAGGCUUUAAAUAACCAACAGCUAGGCUAGCAGCUAAUUAGGUCUAUUACAGCAAGUCCGCACCAACAUUGAUGCCACCCUCUAUAAUAAAGACUGUAGAGCAUCCUUUUUGGAUUUGGGUGCAACCUAAGGUUAGCAACAUAGCUGUUAGAAUAAGAACAUAGAAAUACAAUAUAAAAAUGAAGUUUAACCAGUUGAACUCUGGGUUUUCAGAUGUUUUUAGGCUAGCAGAAAACCAUUAAGCAGAAAACCGGCCUGUGAUAACAUAACAUACUAAAUAAAGCCCAGCAGUAACAUUCAGAAAAAUCUGUGCUCAGUCUGUCCCUCUGCUUCACUAACACACACCAGAUCCUCCUGCUUCCAGCCUGCUGUGCUGCAGAUGAUUCUUUUCUCCAUACAGUUUUGAUCUUUCUUUGUCAUUAACAUUAAGCCUCAUCUACAUGCUGAUCAGGUUUUGUCAUAAUGAGUAGGAACUUCUAAACUGUGAGUUGUUGUUAUCUGGACGACUUAAAUGAACCUCUGAUGAAUCAUGUCAACAGAGCAGACAUAAGCUGGUAAGGAGAGGAGAGGUGGGGCGAGAGAGGAGGCUGUGAGAGCUGCAGACAGAGUGUGUAUGUGUGUGUGUAAUGUCACUGUGAACACAUAUGUGAAUACCAGUUAAUCCUGAAAGAGCAAAAGAUUUAACUUCAAAAAUCAAACUUAUGCAUUAUAUUAUAUAAGCAGUUACAUUUUUUUCAUUUUUUAAAUAAAUAUUAACUGUCAAUAAUGUUCAGAUUUGUCAAUUCAUGAAAGAAGCUAAAUGCAAAUAUUGAAAUUCAGAAAUUCCACCUGAUUGACCAGAAAUCCGCAAAAAAAACAUGUUAAUUUUUAACAAACUAAAACAAGUAAACUGGGGGUCGGGGGGGGGUCUCUAAAAGUCACUUGGAUGUCAAACUAAAGCAAGAGUAGCCUCAAUUUCUUUUCUGGUAUUUAACUUGUUUCAUUGUAGUUUCGCCUGAAACGCAGUGAUACGUGUGUCAGGAUGGCAGUCACGUAACUCAUCUCCACGGUUUUUAAUGAUACCUGAAAUCAUCCUCUCGCUCUGAACACCUCCCACUUUUUUCCUUCAAAAAAAUCACACAUUGAUCAGCCUUACACACAGACAAACUUCAGACAUGUUUAAGUAAAUGAAAGAUUCAGCAUCAUUUGGUUGUAAUUUGAGGGUGUGAAGAGGGAGCCUUUCAGAUCCACACUGUACCACUCGUGCUGUGAGUACGAGUUAAAAUAAAAGCUCUGUUGACAGCUGAUGAACCCCAGCACUUGUUCCGUGAUUCAUUAAUAUGUUAACUCAGGCUGUAUGACCAGUCAGUAAUAAAAUUUUUAUAAUGUCAGAAUUUAUAAUCUGAUUGAACUAAACAGUCAGGAGGGUCAGUUGACAGCUGCUCCUGUGAGCUGUUUAAUUUCCUGCCAUAACAGUCACAUCAAACAGAAUACAUACUCACCAUGCACUGCUCUGACAAAUACACGAUCCUGCAGCGUUUAACGGGCGUGCAGCCAGCUCUUUUAAACACAGUUUUUCCUUUACUCCUUCUUCAGUCCGGCACAGUUCUGUCACUUUGUCGUUUCACAGCGCCUGCUUCACACUUUCCCCCCUGCUGCCUUGCUCGUCCCCUCCCCUGUUCCCUCUUGCUGACUUUUUUUCCUCCGCGCUCCGGUCUCCAACGAGGUGAAAAACACACUUGUCAAAUACAGGUAGGUCAUCACAGCAUCUCUUAUCCUCACCAGUUGCUAAGUAAGAGGGGAUGCAAACAAGUUUUCGGCAUGUUUUCGCUGUUUCACUCCCGAAUGUGCUCCUUUACUGAGAUGAUGAAUGCAACAGCUGUUCAGUGUCAGUGUCCAUGUGACAGAGCUGCUAAGGUGCCUCGUUGGUCCUCAUCAGACCUCUUUUACAGAAAGGUGGAUUACUGGAAACUUGGUCCUCAGCAGAGUUUCAGCAGAGAGAGAUAAUCACAGCGAAAAUUCAUCAUAGCUGCUUAUAUUUCUCAGAAGAAAGUCUACAUCUUCAAGGACAUCAGUCAAAGCAGCAACAGGUUGCAGUUUCUUACUGUUUCUGCAAAGUUACAGCGACUCCACUGGAAAGGAAAGCGGAAGGAUCUCUUUUUGACUCCCCCAGUCUGCGCAGAUUGAAUCACUUCUCGUCUCCUAUCAUGCCUCUCUUGGAUGGACGUCCUCAGCAACACGUGGAUUCAACCAUGAGUGACCGUUAGGAGAAAUUCCCACAUGGCCGGAAGCCUCAUCCUGCAUCCAAGCUCUGCACUGAGCAACAUGUAAGAGGAAGAGAGAGAGAGGUGAGGAGGUGGAGGAGUAGGAUGAAGCAGGGAGGCGGGGGGGUGGAGCCGGGAGAAGGAGGAGGAGUCGAUGUGGGUGUCAGCAGCAGUCCAGAGAGGGUCGGUUGUUUGCCUUUGUAUCAGCAGAGCUUCCAGCUGUAAGUCUUCAUCAGAGAGGAAACACAUUCACAGAACGGUUGCCUCACAUGUCCCACUUCAUGGUGACCUUCUUAAACCCUUAAGUGUUUGACCGCGCGCCCUCUUGAAAAGCAGAGUGAGGGGCUGCGGAAGUGGACAGGAGUUGUUGGCAAGAGUUUUGAGAUUGCUUUUAGUUUGCAAAGUUGUCUCUAUUGUGUGUUUGUGUUUGACCUUGCCUUUUCAGAAGAGAGAGAAUAUAAAAGGAGUGUUUUUUUUUCUGAGGAGGUGAACUGAGGUGAGAAUUUUUCACAUUGUUGAAAAGAAAAACUGUUUAGAGGAAAGCAAACAAGCAAGUGAGGUAUUCACUGAAAAGAUGUCUGUAUUUCAGCCUGACAGAUGUUUCAUUUGUGAGGCUGUGAAGCAAAGGAUAUCACAUACUUUGUGAAGAACUAAUAGUGCACUCAUAAGAGAGAUUAUGGAAUGCAAGGCCAUGUAUCCUGUAUUUCCACCUAAAUAUCCAUAUUUCUGACAUCAGUGACAUGAAGGUGCAUGUGCAGUUUUUACUGAUUGAAUAUGACCAAUAGAGGUCAAUCAAUAUUGGUUUUUCAGGGCUGGUAGGUGGUUAACGAGACUAAUAACCCAUUGCUGGAGCUGCUGUGCAUUGACAGUAAACACCUCCGACACCUACAUUGCUGCAACGCUACAACAUCAAACCAGGUCUUUAAAGCCUUUAAGAGCCCGGUAAUAAAACAGGUGGAAGUGCCCAAGAGACGCCUCUUUAUGACCUGCAAAAGUAAACAAGACUGACAUUUUCAAUAUUGUAAUUUGUAAAGGCUGUAAACUCUGUGAAGGGACUAAGUGUCAGAAACGGUCAUUCACAGCACAGUUGUGAUUUUUCGGUCAUAGAGAUAUUGUGAAUCUAGAGAGGUAGAAAAACAUCUGAAGAGGCAUGAGCCAUUGAGCAUCAAUGACGCCAUCAUUUCAGUAUCAUUAUGAGCAUGAAUAGAAACAUGAAAACAAUCAAUAACAACAGAUUGAUCUGUUAUUGACAAAAGCCCUGUGAAGGAUUGCAUUGCUGCAGCAUCCCCUGAAGAAACUUGACACACACUGAGCCAAAGCUGUUGACUCUCAGAGCACCCUUUAGUCCAUGUUUUUUGCUCAUUCAGGUUUUAAUCAUUUCAUCUUUGCUUCCUCCAAGAGUAGCUGCUCAUUUCACUGAAGCAGCAUUCACUCUGCAGUGGAGGACAGCUCUGUGUCACAGCGCCAUGUGUUGUGAGAUAUGUCAUCAGCAUUCACCUCGUUACCUUUUCCUGAAGUGACACCAAGCCUCAUACAGGUGAGCGGCUCUGAUGAUGAAGGUGAUGACAUUUUGGCUCAAGUGUCAAGGUUAGUUAGAGGUUGUUUUCAAAGCAGCAAAUUCAUGUCAACCUCCAGCCCUGCUCCUUGUCCCUUUAAUUUCUUUUUAUGAUCACAUUUCUCACUUGCUCAUUUUCCCUUGCUUUUGGUCACAGAAAAACACCAGCAAAUCUGGUCCUGCUCAAGGUUUCUGCCUGUUAACAAGUAUUUUUCCUUGCCUCUGUUACUAAGUAGUGCGAUGAUGCCAAACAUCUCCAGAUAACACCAGAAACAGUUCAGACUACACCUGAUUUUUUUCUAGUCAAGAGGCAACUUUUGUUGUGAUGUAGUGCAACAGAAGAAAGAAAAUAAAGAUUAACUGAUAGCACUGCUUCUCUUGAACAAAUCUACUUCUUGCUAAAUGUUCUCAUGGAGGAGCCUCAAAUACAUACAUGUUCAAAGCAUUUAAAUAAGCAAGCCCUUCAAUUUGUGCAGGUUUUACAUGUGAAAAACUGAGCAAAAUAGCAGAAUUAUUGCAGAAAAUUGGUGUUUAUUCAAAUUGAGGCUGUUGUUCUUUACUAGCAUUAGCAAUUACUAUCAUCUGAAAAAACUAGAAUAUUGAUAUUGGCAUACAGCAAUAAUGUGAGUUUAUAUUAGUGGUGCUUUGUGUUUAUUGCCACACCUCUAAAACAGAAGAGGGGUGAAAAAGACGCAGCAGCUGCUAGUGAGCUAGUUGUAGCAGCCCUCUGAGGGAUCAUGAAACACUUUUAAAAACUGACGCUUAAAGAUUUAUUGUGAAUCCAAACACAGCCAUAGAGCUUGUGCAUCUUAAGAUUAAUAAUCAGCUGAACAUUUACACUUUAUAACCUGUUUUCAUUCAGUUAGGUCGUAAGUUAAUGAUCUACCAGCAUAAGUACACUUCAAAAUAAAAGCAUAGUUUAACAAAACAGAAAAAAAAAACAACCCGAUCACAAAAAUAAAAGCAUGGCAGAUAAUCAUUAUAUGAGGCAGUGUCUUCUACAAAGAGCUGCUGAUGUGGAUGAAUCAUAAAUUUGAGCGUCAUUAGCCAUAAAUGAUGUCAUUUAUGUUAACCGGGUUUAUUAGUCAUGUUUGUGAAGUAAUGUGUUGCCUCACUUCUGUCUUGCUUUUACUCAUUUUGACUGGUUGUGUUCUAUCAUUUUCAAGUUUUCUAUAAAUAAAUGAGGUGAAAAUCUGACAUCAUGAUGGCUCUGAUUUGAGUAAACCGCAGUCUAGAUUGAAAACUCUUUAUUUCAAAGCAUGGCGCUGCUGAGCUUGUGCCGUUCAUCUAACUCUGUUAAAUUAUGUACUGAGUGUUGAAUUUGUCAGCUCCAGCACAUUGCUUCUGAAGGGAAACGUGCUUAUUCGUAAUUAUUUUAUUACCAUCUGCAUCAAUUGCUCAAAAUCAUUGGCAUAAUCAAUCUGUCGGCUUUUGGAAUUUACAUGUUUCCCCUCCCUAAUUCAUAGACACUUGUGCAUUGUGAUGCUCUGUGCUUGCAUUUUGUUUUUUCACUUCCACACAUGCAUUAGCUCUGAGAAGUCUUACAGUAUUAUGCAGUUAUUCAAAGGAGGAUUUGGCGACAGGAGGGCCCAUUCAAUUCUCCUCCAGAAAUCACACUGUGCCUGAAAGCACUGCAGCUGUUUCAUCCUCACUCUGUGUGAUCGUGCCCGUCGAGUGUGGACUGAGUGAGCUCUGUGCAUUUUCUUUGAAACAGUUUCUCUUUCAUGUGAAUAUAUCAUGGAUGUUCUCGCGGAUCACUGAGCCGCAGGCCUGCUAUUGAUUAUCAGGAGAAAAGCAAUAGAAAGGAUAUGAGACAUGGAGACAUGUAUCCCCUGGGGAGCUAAUGUAAUGAGGCACACAGAUAGGCGCUGAUUGCUCCAUUUUCCUAGAUUGGGCACAUCCACCUACACAGUUGACCUCAGUGACAUCAGAACUGUGUCGUGGUGCUGUUAACCAUCACAAUUAUUGGGAACGAAGGAGGCUGCAGACCCAAGAGACGGAUGGUGGAACAGUACAGUAGCCAUCAAUUCACUAUAGACUCAUGAAGAAGAAACAAAGUUUCUCAGAGGAGUUAAUAGAUUUUGCAGUUGUGAUGUCAUUUGUUCUUUAUCAGUUAUUUUAGCCACUUCAUCAAAAGAGGAAGGAAAAUGAAGAAAGAAGCCUCUCUUUUUUUUUUUUUUUAACCAUAUGCUGUAUAUAGAAUGGACGCUGUCUGCCUUCUAGCUGGGUGAAGCCACCGUGAGAACAGUGCCCUCUGGUGACUUUUUAAAAGUUAUUAGGGGGUUAAUGUUUACUAUGACACUUGAUAAAGCCUACGGGUGUACGAAGAUUGCGCAGCUCAUCCGGGGGAUACGCUGUUUGAGCCUAGUGUCAUCACAGUACUAGGCUCUCCCGCCGAAUGCGUACUGCGCAAGUGGUGGGUCCAGGAAGUGGAGCAAAUCCCAUAUAUAUCGAGAGCAAUUCGGCUUCAAAUUUGUAUAAUGGCGGAAAGUGGAGCCAAGUUGUCCAUAGUAUACAGUCCAUGAUUUUUACACACACUUUGAGACCUGAAGAAGGGGAUCCAGCCCUCCCAAUGUUAAAUAUCAGUUAGCAAAUCAAAAGUUGUGGAAACUUCCUUUUAACCCUGUAGACUGAUGUGUCAGUGAAGUCAAACUGAGGGUGGGCUCAAAAUACAGGGCUGUUGGACCAAUUUAUCUUUGUUCAGCCAUCUGAGGAGUGUCACAGUUCUUGUCAGGGACCUUGGUCAGCACUGAUGUUAAAGCUGUCUGCAACAGCAAUUGGUUUACAAAUUGUGCAUUCAACAAACCCCUUAAAAACCACAAAAUUCACAAAGUUGUACUCAGGGUUUUUGCUUGGUUGUGUCAGGAUUAAGGCAGACAAUUAUAGCCAGAGAGGGAGUCAAGACUCUUGAGUAGUAGGCCUGAACGAUAUAUCGUUUGACUAUCGUCAUCGCGAUGUACGUGUGUGCGAUAGUCACAUCGCAGAGCCUGCGAUAUUGGCGGUGAAUGAACUCAUUUAAUUUCAAGGGUAACCGACUGCGAUACACUCCAUGUGACUCUGCAUGUGCUGUGCAGCGAUCCACCAAUCGCCUUCGUCCUUAACUCAGUUGCCAAUCAGACUCACUUCUCAGUUGCCAAUCAGACUACCCUGCCAGCUGUCAAUCAAAAUCAGGGAGGAGAAAACCCACCCCUGCACAUGUUCUGCACAUGGAGGGAGACGUGUGUCCGCUGAAAAUUACUUUCGGAACUUUACUCAUGACUAUGAAGCCCAACAAAUAAGAACUGUAUGGGUUUUAAAUUGUACAUUUCCGUGGACCACUCUACUAUAAGCAGUGCGCGUUUUGCGAGGUGCAUGCAAUUCUCGGAGGACAUGCGUUUCUCGGCACAACACCGCUAACAACAACAACAACGAUUGCAAAAUGAACAACGAACAAGCGAAAACCACCGAAAAUGAAGAUUUGUUGCCAAAAAGAAAAGGAAAGUCAAUUAUCUGGAAUUAUUUCGGUUAAAAGAAGGAUGAUGUCGACCAAAACACGUCUUCUGUGUUCAUCAGUUGCCACAAUAACGUCCCAGCACAAUAAAAGCUAAAAAUAUCUCUGAGACAGACAGAAGCCGUUCUACUAACAUUAACAAAAAGAGGUAAAAUCAGUGCAGAUUAACUGUCCUCAAGAUUUCGGCAGUGAAGCACAACAUUAAGUGCUAUUCAGGUCAUCUGGUGAAAAUACUGUAUUUUUAAUAUCGCAAUAUAUAUCGCAGGGUUGAAAAAAAUCGCAAUAUUAUUUUUUUCCAAUAUCGUGCAGCCUUAUUGAGUAGGUUAUGGCGAAUCACGAUUAAUUCCAUAGCUGCUCCAUUUUUGUGACUACGUGUCCCUUAUUGGCUUUUCAGACAGACACACCUGCCUCUGCUUGCUCCUCUCCCUUCUCUCCUCUCCACCUGCAGCUGCAUGUAGUGCAACAUGUUGAAGAUACAGCAGCUAAUGAUUAUAUACACUAGUGUGACUUACAAGGAUCUAUCGUCAGUAUCACAGUAUGCUGAGACCAAAAGUGUUUUGACAUCAUUGUAGACUUCUGAAUGUAUGAAAUGGUAGGCAUAGCUAUAUUUCAGCUGUAGAAAACCAGAAAAAGGGAGAAAUAAAACUGCAGAGACCACAGCCCCAUAUGAGCCAUCAGUCUUUGCUCUCUGCUCGUUGCCUCAGAUGAAAUAUAUGUAAAUGGAACUUAUAGAGGCGAGUAACAAAGAGACAGUUUCGAAACUAUGAAUGCUCUAGCGGCUCUAAGAUCUGACCUGUGGAAGCAUUGUGGUUUUAACAUGCCAAGAAAUGAGAGAAGAGAAAACAUAAACUAUAUGCAUCCAGGGAUGCAAACACCAUUAUCUUUGAUUUUAUGCAAAAAAAUAUGACGGCUGCUUUUUAUCUUGAAUGGGUCCUAGGGUUUAAAAUCAUCACAUCAUAUAUAAAACAUAACACAAUGUCAAAAUCUGUCUGCUUUGUCCUGUUAUUCAUGCAUAUUCCUCUUAAAUUAUUGAAGGCCCUUGAUUAAAGAGACCUGAUUUUAUAUGUAAUUGUGUCACAGCUGAGCUAUGUUGUCAGCUAACCUUUAUUCCACAAAAGCUAAGCCAAUUAUUGAAAAAGACUGCGGUUUGUAAAGACAAAUCAAAUUAGUCAUUUAAUGGUGUGAUUCUCUGCCUCAAUUAAAGAUAAUUGCUUUGUGUGCCUCACGCCUCCCACACCGCGUUGCUUGUCUUUCAAUAUAUAACAAUAGAGCUGCUGGUAAAAAUGGCACAUAAAGCUUUGCACUACAUGCAUGGAUUCACAGAACCUCUGGUUGUCAUCCUCUUGCUGCCUGAACAGUUUGCAUUUAAUAUGAACUCAGGCUGCUCAUUAGCUGCCAUCAGCCACACAUAGCAGUCACAUGGUCGAGUAAACAGGUAGUAAUAUGCAGUAAGCAAACCAACCUUUCCCUCUGAGCUGCAGUUAAAUGAGUUAAUACCACUCUAGAUCACAGAUGUGGUAUUUCUUUCAGGCAACUGUGUACAGUGGGCAGGUUUUUGUAAUGUUUAUUACAUAGCUGUGUCAGACACUUGAUUGAGCUCAGUUAGGUCUACUGCACUGUGAGGUCUUAUAUUUCUUGAUAAAAGACUGCUACUAUGAAGAACAGACUGUUGCCAAGGAUACGGCAUUAACAAUGAACUCUGGCAGAGUACAGAAAAAGCACAAGAGGUUAUAAAAGAAAUAACCAACUUUAAGGGUAAGUGUUCAAAUUUACAAAACAGUAGAAAAUUGAAGAUGACACAUGAAGUUAACACUAAACAGAAUACAAAAUUAGAUACCUUAGACUUUAAAGAUAGUCAUGGUACUGCGCUGACCCAUGCCAUCUGAUUCAUCAUAUUUUCCUUAAACAUCAGCUUCAUGCGAGUAUGUCACAAAUGUCACAAAGCCUGCAUAGUUAUAAAGUUCAGUGUAUAGGAUAUGGUAUUUAUUUUUUUCAUCUGAAAAGUAAGUAUACACCGGUGCAACCACCAAAUGCAAAGAAAGGUAUUUGUAUUUGUGAUGCAUCAAGAAGCAAGUGGCCACCCUGUCUCACAAAGCAUGCUGGGUACAUAGCAAGAAAUUAACUUUUUUGACGCUCUUUUACCUCAAUAGGUUACAAUAAUGUAUUUAAAGAUUUUACCAUUAUACUAUCAAUACUAUCAAGUAAGAAGUCUUGCUUCCAUGAUGAAGUGGUUGUGGGCAGCGAGACUGCUCAGACCUCACAAUUGCCAAGCGUCAUUACACGAUAAAUGAUUCAAGAAAGAGCUAGACGUCUUCAUAAAGACUGCACAUUGCUAUACACAAUCUAAGUUCAAUGUAUAUACUGGUGUGACUCACUAUUAUAGGAUUGAGUAAUAAUAAUAAUAAAUCAUAAUGUAUAGCUGGUUGUUAAGCAGCGUGCUGUAGCAGAGCUUAUCUCCUCUUAGUUAUAACCUCUUGCUUUUGUCUGCUUUCAUCUUUUCUCUAUCCUUUUUCUCAGCGCAAAACACAUUUUUACGACAAAAAAUUAGACCCCCAGAGUCUAAGAGAGAGAGUGGACCACUGGGAGUCAAACAGGAAACAGUUUUGUAAUGAAUGUAGAAAAUUCAACCCGUCGUUAUUUUUUUAAAUAAAGGACUAGGACCACUAGAUCGACGGAUUGGCUUUCAGAGAAUUACACUGUUACAUUUCCUCUCUAAGAGCCUGCCUUUGGAUAUCGACGUGACCUCAGUCUAAAAUCCGGGGGAGCCAAGAUGAACGAGAGCCAUUAGAGGCUCCACACCAAACACAAGCGGAGUUGACCAUGGGGCAUCUGUGCCUCAAAGCGUUUUCUCUGAGACAGACUGGGGGAGAAGACUCCUCUGAUAGAAAGAGGGAGCCACUUAGAUUUAUUGAUCUCCCUCUGUUUUUUGUCCUUUUUCAUUUUUACUAAAGACAGUUUUACAUUACAAAGAAAAGAGCAAACAGGUCAUGAAUAAUAAAAAGUCUGAGACGGCAAGACACACAUCUUUGAUAAUUGCUGUUUACAGGUGUAUUAUUCAUUGGUCUGACCUAUUAUAUAUGUGUGUAUAUAUAUAUAUAUAUUUAUAUAUAUAUAUAUAUAUACACACACACACACACACACACACACCACAGGCCAAAAGUUUGGAAGCAAGAUCAGAUUUGUACAAAAAAGAUCAUAGUUUUAUACAAUUUGCAACACAAUAAGAAGACUAUUGUGUAAAGAGUAACUUAUCAGAAGACAUUUUGACUUUAAUUAUUAGGUAUUUGAUUUAAUGUUGCUUAGACUUUGCUUUCUUUAAAGUAACCUCCUCUGGCUUUAACAACAGCUUGGCAUAUACCAGGCAUUCGUUCCACAAGUUUUUUAAGGUAUGUUCCAGGGAUUGCAUUCCAAGCUUUCUUAAGUUCAUCAAAAAGAGACUGCUGAUUCGUGGGACACGUUUUUCUGGCCGAUGGAUCCAAUUCCUCCCGCUCAAGCUCUAUUGGAGAAAGGUCUGGAGACUGAGGGGGCCAAACCGUCUUUUGAAGAACACCUCCCUCUUCUUUUUUGUCUAGGUAACCCUGACAGAGCUUGGCAGAGUGCUUAGGGUCAUUGUCUUGCUGCAAAACAAACUUAUGAGCCACAAGUCUGAGUCCAGAUGGAGCAGCAUGGUGCUGGAGGAUGGAGUGGUACUGUCCCUUCUUCAUGAUACCCUUUACUUCUAAUCUCCUACUCCAUCAUCUGCAAAACAUCCCCAUACCAUGGAACUACCACCUCCACGCUGAAUUGUGGGUGUAACACAUGGUGCUUUCAGACGUUCACCAGUUUUGUCUGCGGACAUAGACUCUGCGUUUUGAACCAAACAGUACAAACUUGUUUCUAGUCAUCAUAAGUCCAAUUUUUGUGAGCUUUUGCCCACUCAUAUCUCUUUUUCAAGUUCUGUGGACAAAGUAGUGUUUUUUGCAGCCUUUCUCAAACGUCAUUUCACAAUUGUCAGAGAUAUGGGUUUCUACCUUAUCAUGUUGAAUAGUAACUCUCUUUCGUCCAGGUCUUUUUCUAUCAUCAUAACUUCCAGGUUCCUCUAGUCUCUUCAGAGUGUAGUCGACUCCUUUGUUCCACACCUUUAGGCAUUUUGCAAUUUCUCUUUCUGUGUAUCCUUCUUUCCUUAAUGUACAAAUCUGUACUUUUGUUUCUUUACUCAGUUGCUUCUUUCUAGCCAUUUUUGCGGUAGUUUGAACGCAGUUGAGAUUUAUUAGGAUUUUCAUAUGCAGACUCUCAAAAGCCAAAAAGUUGAAGUGAAUAAUCCAACUGUGAUUUGUUUUUUUGCUUUUGCACUGAAGUUGUGACUCUUGCAAAUGUUUUCAACCCUAAAACUAAGCCCUUAUCUUUUGCUGACAUAUAUUUAGCAACAUCAAUGUAUAUCUAAAGGUAAAUGGAGUAAAAAGGUGCAUUUCCAUGAAAGCAACAUCUGAUCAUGGAGUAAAUACAUCCCAAAAUACAUAAAACUCAUGCUGGAUUUUAAAAAUGCUGGAUUAAAAAAAAAUAUAUAUAUAUAUAUAUAUGUACAGUAAACUAUACAAUAUGCAUUUGGCAUGUGUAUGUUUCUGGCUAAGGUAACAAUGUAGAUUAGAUUGUAAUGUAUGUGGAAUAAUGGGUGUUGUCACUGUGAUAUUGUUUUUUAUCUAAUGCAAUGAUGAUGAUGUCACAUUGGCAUCAUGUAUUGGCUAUUGGAUCACCUGCUGUUCAAUCUUAAGCAAAGGCAUGUUUAAAAAAUGAUAUUACUUAACCACCAGUUUCUACCAUCUGGAACUGCAGUCAGGUUCUGGCAUGGACGCGUCUGGUACUCAGUAAGACAUUGGGAUUGGUAUUUAUAAGAUUAUUGACACCGAUGCCAUUAUCGAUUGAUCAUCAAUUCCUCCUGUGAAUUUUUGUGUAGGCUUUACAGAUUUUCUGUGUCAACAACAUUUUAUUGAGUUGAAGUAUGAAAUUGGUCACUGGAUCCUCGAUCUCUGGACAGAAACAAAUAUCAGUACUAUUUUAUUAAAAAUAUAAGCAUCUCUGCUUUCUCAGGAAGGAUCCUGGAUCUUUCAGGGCUAAAUGUAUCUCCAGCCAUCAAAAAGACCCUCUCAGAUGGGGUUGAAGAUGCUUGGACACACAAAUAGGUUACUGAAAGUGCCAAAAAGGAUCUAAUGACAGAAUAUUUGUAUAGCAUUUGUUUCAUCUAUGUCACGUUAAUAUUACAGAAUGUGUCAUUGAAAGCACUGUGCUAAUAUUAAGAGGACAGAAAAGGAACUAAACUUACCGUCCUCUGCUUUGCUCUGCAGGGAAGUUGCAGCGGCUGCACUUGUCCAAAUUUUGUCAAACACAUGACACUCUUGGUAACGCUGUGCGUCAACAAAUGUUUUAACAUGUUGAUGGUGUUGGAUGGAACGAUUAUUCAAACAAUCCAUCGAUUGAACCAUUUGUAAUUGAUUUUUAACAGGAACCGGUUAUCAAUUCCCAUUCCUGGUUAGGCAUUAGUCCUACAAGUGUGGCAGUAUCCGCUUAAACAUAUAGAUAUCAGUUUGGCAAGCUGUUUCAUCUACUUGAGGAGAAGUGAAACGUUAGCCAGAGAUUGCACUUGCACAAAGAGAGUCACAGUAAGGUUAGAGGCAUAUUAGACCUAAGGAAAGGUUCUGAAACACUUGCCGUGUUUGGCUAGACAGUAAGCACUUUGUAGGAUAAUGAUUUGAUGCUGUCCUGCAAAACUCAAAAAUUUGCUGAUAUUCCUUGUUUUACAUUUUUCUAAUUCACUGUUCUACGGAAGGGUAUUGCAUUCGCCAAAAAAAAAAAAAAAAACCUUGGUUUUUCAGAGUAAUUUUUUUCUGUUCUGUUUUUCAGAGUAAUUUCUUUCUGUUUUUUGGAAUAUAGUUUUUUCUUUUCUCUUCUUCAGGCUAAUUUUUUCUGUUUGGGAUCAUGAUCAUGACCAUGAUCAUUUAAAAACAGAUGCUUUUAUCCCCCUCUGCCCGAUUUUUUAUGGAAGCAGACAUGGCCCACUUGUUUUGUUUAAUCAAGUUUGACUUUCUUUUGGGUUUGGGGCGUUGAGAGAGGCUCCUUUCUUAUAGUCAGGUGGAUGGAAUCGUCAUAGGUUUGUCUACUUUGCAAAGGCACCUCAGGAUGUGCAUACCCUAUGUUUAACUAAUAUUAUGCUUUAUUCUCAUUGACCCCGUAGUCAAAGUUGUCUAGGAGCUGAAGAAUCUGCUGAUUUGGAGCAGCCAUGGUGGUGAACUUCAAAAAAAAAAAAAAAAAAAAAAGUACAAAAAACAGAAUGAAAAUUUGUCUGAAAAACAAAAAAAGGGGAAAGAAUAUUAGUACAAAAAAACCAGAAAAAAAUAGAACAACAGCAAAGAAAGAAAAAUACUCAAAAAAAACAGUUUACUUUUUUUUGUUUUCGUAGGUGAAGCAAUACGCUUCCGUAGAUUUCAAACCAAACUAUGGCUUGUAAGAAGUCACAGUGAGCUGUGGGAGAGCCAAGAAAAAAGUUCAGAAAACUGUUGUAGCCUGAGUGAAGACUACAGAACAUCAUCCUUGAAUAGAUUCCAGACCAAAGCCAACAGUUUUUCAUUCACAUUGAAGAAAAUGGUGAAAAGGAGCUCUUAUACGCUAUCUCCUUGUGUGUGCAUGAACUCAGUUACUGAUCCUUCCAACACCAUUCGUCUUGUACUAACUGCCUCUACAAAGCACAGGUGUCUGUGGGCUGUGUUUGUUUUGAGACUCUGGUAUUAUAAUUCAGGCAGACUGAGACAGUUAUGGGUGUCUUUUGAUGAAUUUACAGCAGGAAAAGAGGAACUCUGGAUUUGAGGGUCAAAUAAGUCACCUACCGUGGCAGCUCUUUAUUUUUUUGUUCUGUUUUGAUUUUUAGCGCUGUCGUAUUUCAUCCACCCCUGUCUUUAAAGGAUGGGGUGGCUUUCGGGGAGUUUGGUGCUUUUUUAAGACGAUGUGCAUGUCUUUAUUUAGCUUCCUGUGGGUGUACUCUUCUUGUCUUGAUGUGGACUUCAAAGCGUUUUAAAAGGAGAGAAAAAACACUAGAAAGAAGGGAUAGCCUGUGAGAAAAGCGAACACUUAUUUCCUGUCAAAUGGAAAUAUAAAUUAACCGGGUUGUUUUCAAAGGACUUGUUUUCAGUUUUUUACAUAACCUUUAUUCAUAGAUCGACUAAAUAAGGAGAAACAACCCCUAUGUUCACAAUUAACCUCCAUGGAUGGAAAUAAGUCAUUUGAGAGCUCUUUUUUCACUCUAUUGAUCCAUUUUUAGCGCUGCCUUGAUCAGUAUAAGCUGCUUUCUCAUCCACUUGGCUAACCUAAGCCAAAGCUCCUUGCAUCUUUAUAAUGAGGGACCCAGAUGUCCCAGCACCCUGCUUUCAGCCGCAGGGACCAGCUCAAGAAGCCCACACCCACUCUCACCUGAGUUCACCUCUGUGUAACCUCCUUAUUACUCUACAGAGUUGGAAACCAUAAAGAGGACAGUGGCCAUUAAAAGAAGUGAGUUUCCUCUUUAGAUAACAGGCUAACAAGCUAUGACAUUGAUGUUUGUAUUGAUUCCGUUUAAAUAUGUGAAUGUCACUCUAAAACACAGGGGAGUUGGGUUCAAACCACUCUGCCAAUCAGCGCUGGUUAUUAUAUGUCAUGUCACACUGGUUAGCUGAUAUGUCAGGUUUGUUUUCACCCUGCAGCUAAAUGAUAUGAGGCUGGACCUGCUUUUAUGAUUAUUAUCAUUCAAUAGGCAGAACUAGACAAAGCAAGAGUGUAGUUUGUUUUUUUCACAAUAUUUAUCAGAAUAUGAUUCUUAUAUCCAUUUUGUGAAACAGGGUCACUGGCAGCAGAGCCAAUAACACUGAUUUUAAUUGGUUUUGUGAAAUAAAAGGCUGAUAAGAUAUGAAAAGACUUUGAAAAGAGCUAAAAUAUGAAUCUUUUCAUCUCACAGAUUAGCAUUGUUGUUUGUGUGUCCAGCAGGGUACUAUCACAGCCCUCAUUACAAGUGCAUUUGACCCCCUUAUAUCCAUUCUGGGGAAAUCUAUUGCCCACUUUUUUCUUAACUAAAAUAGUUUUGGUGCUGUGAAUCUAUGAAAAUGAACCAUGAUGACUGUGGUGAUUCUGUGCCUUUUCUUUCGUUCAUUUCAUUUUGUUUCUUUCUUUCUUUCGGCUGGUUUGAGGUGAAAUAUUUAAAUCAUAUGUCAACAUUCAGGGAUGUCAUUUUACUGACAGGGAUGUCAGUAAAACAUCAUGAGUUUUACCUCAUGAUGUUAAAAUUUGUUGACCCUCAGAUUUUUGAUGAAGCACAAUCAUCUGACCAUAGAGUGAUUUUUAAAGUUGCAUUAGCCUGAGUUACAGCUGCACUUUGAUGCUGGUGUGAUCAGAAAAUUUGGGACAAUUUUCCCAGAUUUGACCAUUUUUCACCUAACUUUAGAAUGCUGGCAUUGUAAAGGCGUUUACUGUGGUGCGUUUUAUAGUCAAAAUGAAGCAGACCUACAUGGAAAGGAGUUGCUGCAUGAUGAGUUAUGGUCCUGAUAGUAAUCUAAGGCUAUGUUCACACUGCAGGUCAAUUCCGAUUUUUUAACCAUAUAUGACACGUAUCCGAUUUUUUCAUGUAAGUGUGAACAGUGCAAUUCCGAUUUUUUCAAACCCGACCCAGGCCUCUUUUGUAUGUGGAUAUAAAUCGGAUAUGAAUUCAAAGUGACUGCCGUGUGGAUGCUCAGGUUGUGUCCAUCCAACGUCAUCAGUACGUCAUCAAUAUGUGACAAACGUCACCAUUGUUUGACAACACAAACAGGUGCAGAAAGCAAUUUUUGCUUUGUGUGUGGGUCACUUCACAGAAGCAUUCCGUUCACAUUAGAUGCUGCAAUCGUUGUUGUAAUGUGAACGACCGCACAAAAAGAUCUGAUUUAACAAAAAAUCUGAAUUGUGCAUCAUAACCUGCAGUGUGAGCGUAGCCUUAGACAUUCACAUCUGAUUAGGACUGGGCAAUUGGGCAAAAAAAAUUAUCACAAUUUAUUUUGUCAUAUCGUCCGAUCAAGAUUACCCCCCUUUUUUUUCUAAACUGCCAGUUUUAAAGCAUCUGUACUGAAAUCUAAAGAAACUACAUAUUAGUUCAACAUUUUAUUAACAUACAAAGUAAAUAACAAAGCAAAUUGAAUAAGAUACUUAGAAAAAUACCCCCCCAAAAAAACAAACUUUUGAACUCAACAGUACAACAAAUGUAGAUAAAUAUUUAAUAAUACGGUGAACUAGUUUACAGUCCUGAGUGUUUUUACAGGUAUGCAAGACCCAAAAUAAACAAAUCACCCCCUCAGGGACAAUGAAGACACCUUAAAAUGUAAACAUUAGAUAAUGAAAACAUAGAUGAUACGAUUGAUUGCUUCUUUGGUUUGGUGGCUACACCACGAGUUGUGGCUAAACUGCUAAUGCUACUUGUGCUGUCGGGUCAUUCCAUGAAAUCAGUGCCUUUUCAGUUUAGAAAAUUUAAAAUUUAAACUAUUUAAUUUUAAAUUUUUAAGUACCCGGGAAAUCAAAGAAUGUUUAAAAUAGCAGGAAAUUAUAUUGUGCCAUCUCAGGCUGUGUUAGUUCAUAUUUUAUAACUGUUUUUUUCCUGGCUGUUUUCAUAAUCUUGUCAACCCUGUUACCGACAUAAACUCUACACAGUCCAGUUGCCUGAUUUUGGAGUCUUCAAGAAAACCAUGACCUGGAUGAAUGAGAAUAUACAUGGAGACAUAAACUUAACAAAAUACAAUAUUUCUAAUUAGAAAUAUGCAAUAUAUGGUACAUAUAUUAGCAGUACUUUAGUCUCUCUUUCCAUUGAGAUUAUAUUAUUUUGUGGAUUUUUUUUCUCCAAUUAGAUAUUUGUCAUUCAGAUAAUCAAAUAUACCCUAAUUUUGCAUGGCGAUCACGUCUCAACAUACAUUAGAAAUUUCUUAGAAGAGAAAUGUUGAAAAAUGGCCCAAUCUAAAAUAUAAUUUAAUUUAAAUUAUAAUUGUAAGUGUUGAAAACCUAUUUGAGUUGUCUUUUUUUUUUAAACAUUUUUAUCAAAUUAAUGACAAUAGGAUUGACGUCACGGUAACAGGGCUGACAAGAGUAAAAGUAACUGGACACAAAGUAACUGGCUCUCCACCGGCGUAUCAAUCAAUCAAUAAAUCAAUAAUUUUUAGCUCAACAAUGUUCACUUGAUGACCUAAAAAUGUUUUAAUUUUAAAAGGUUAACCUUUAAAGAGAGUACAAUGAGGGUAAACACGAUUCUAUGUCAUCCCUGUUACUCACAUGUCAAAUCCUGUUACUGUAGAAAGGUAACAGGGUUGACCAUUUUAAACUCAUCUGCCUGUGGCUAGCCUUAAUAAGUGCUAGCUAAAGUGCAAGCUUUAAAAGGUAAUUACUUGUAGAUAUUGAUUAUAUUUUGAGAAAUAGAAAAUUGUUUAGGUUUAUAUGUUAAAAAGUGGUAACAGGGUUGACGUUGUAUGCUUGUCCCCCCUGGUUAAACCUUGAAAAACAUCAAAAAUAGCACAUCAGAGAUGAGAGAAACUUAACUGUCACUGAGCUGUUAGCAUCCUGGCACAGAGAUGAUGCAACCUCCAGUCAAUACAUGUCAAAUCUAGAAUUUACUAUUAUUUUUUUAGGGCUUUUUAGUUAGGGUAACAGGGUUGACAUGACAUCAGGGGACGCCGAUAAAUUGGUUAAUAUUUAUAACGACUAAUAUAUAUUAUUACCAAAAACACUGUUUAACAAUAAGAUCAUACUUAAAACAUUUUGCCAAUAUUUUACAAAUUUAAAGUCCUGUACACAUGCAGCACUAGUAGUGAGGGACAGGCUAAAAACCUCACCUUCGUUAGCAUAAAAGUAAUUUAUAUUAUUUAAAAUGAUAUUUUAUUGACUUUAAUUUGAUGUUAUAUUAAGGAGAGAAGACAUGGUAAUGUUGUAUUUUUAAAUUACAUAUUAAUUUGUUAUCAUAAUUUUAUGAAUGAUUACUUCUUGGGGACGCAAAAGGCACCGAUUUCAUGGAAUGACUCUGUCAGCAGUGGCAGGCCGUGCAGGCUCCGCUCGCCUUACCCUGACUUCCUUCUCUUCCAGAAAUUUUACCAGGGGCCUGCAGGAAAAGUUCAGGCAAAGUUAGGCGGAGUCUGUGCAUGCUAACAGCCUUUAACAGCAAUUUUGUGGUUUAGAGUUGGGCUGGGUCCAACAGUACAGAAGCAUCACUUGUUUCACAUCAAGGAUCCAUGGCAACCCUAUAACACUAUUGACUGUGGGAUGCUGUUUUGCAUAGUAACUUAUAGCAUUACAAUCCUCUUUUGCCACGCCUUGUGUUUAGCGCUAGCGCCCUGUUGAAUGUUAGCGUGCAGACCUGCUCAGCCAUGAUGGUAAACAUGUUUGAAUUGUGAGCCGGUUAGUAUGUUGGAGAUAGAAUUAAGCUCAAAGCCUCAUAAAGCCGCCGAUAUGGGUGCGACUCUCGGUCAUAUUUCACAACAGAAUCCAGCAAAUUUAAACAGCUUAGAUAAAUCUCUGUGCACAUAUGAAUCAUUAUGUAAGCGGUUUCGGAAGCAGUCACCCUUUCUACUCUCUGCAUCACAUGCACAAUAAGUCAUCAGUGAUGCUUUCAGCUGUUUGUAGAAGUUACAUAAGAAGAUGAGUGUGAUCAGGAUGAGAUGGGUAUGAGGUAAAAAUUUAAAUAAGAGUGGCUAAAUCUACAUACCAUAUAUAUAUUGUUACGCCCCACCCGAAUGCGGCCCUAUGGGGCUAACAACUAUCCUCAUCUUUUGACCCAUUAAAUUAACAAAACACCUUCAAAAGUGUAACAAGUGAUUUAUUGUGACCAAAUAACAAAAUUACAAACUAAACACAAAGAACCCACAACACAAAUGAGAGGCAGCAGGGCAGCUGUUCCCCACCAAAUUGCCUCUCCAGACUGCAGGCAGCUCUCAGUCUUUAAAGGCCCAGUACCAGGUGAGUCUGAUUAGCACUCAGUGAUUUCACCUGUGCAGCUAUGGAGAGACAAAAGGGGAAAAACACACACAAAACAAACACACAGCCGUAACAAUAUAUAUAUGUAUAUAUAUAUAUAUAUUUUUUUUAAGAACAGACAUGAAUCCCACAUGUUCUGCAGAUGUAGACUUACAAAGACACUGUGUUUUCCCCCUUGACCAUUUAACAAAAAUAAGGAUGUGUGUCAUUACACAGACAAUAAUCACAGUCAAACAGCCCUGUGUCCUUCUCCAGCGGGAUCAUUAACAUCUACUCAUAUUUCUUUUUGACAGUAUUGAUCCUAGCAACCUUAAAUUAGUAUAAAACUAUCAAAACACCACCGUUUAUUUCUCACUAUCAUCCAUUUUGAAGCUUAAUAGGCCAAAAACACCGGACAACUGUAUUGCCUUUGCAGAAAUGAUGGAUUGGAUUACUCGCUACAUCGAGUCGAGCUGCAGCCUCUUACCUCCAAACAAGCUGCUCACGAAUAAAACACAAGCCUAAUGAGAGCGAGGCCUCGGGUGGUUUGGAGCUGCUCUGAUAUGACUUUGACAUAAACACAGCCGUGCACAAUCACCAUUAAAAGUAAAUAGCUUCAGCCGUCUUUAUUGUCUCGCCUGGUUUGCUCAAGAUUUUAAUUGCAAUUAGAGCAGACAGUGAUUUAUCGACUCGUGGUGGGUCUCAGCACCGCACCGUGUUAGGCUAAUUGGUUUGGGUAAAAAGGCGUGACAGGGAGCAUGCCGGAGGAACUGGAGCUCUCGUAGAAAAGGAUUGGUUAGAUCACAAGAACACACUUCCCGAGCAGUCUUUCCUGCUCGUUUCUUACAGUCAGUGGAAUUAAAUGUGCAUCUUUCAUACUUAACCACUCCUCUAACACAAGUGCAACAAUUACAGUUUUCAAUUACAGUUGCAGUUAAACAAUUUUUUUGUUAGCUUGUUAGCUAAACAAAAUGUAAUCAAUUGUAAAUUUUACAUUUUAUUCAGAAUAAAGAAUUUAUAUGCAUGGGCACUUUUUACCUGAAAUUUUAUCAUAAAAAAGAUAACACAACGGCUUGUCAUAAGUGUAACCAAAACAUCUCCUGGCUGGCUGCAGUAUAAGUCAUAAAGGAAUUAACUGUUCAAUUAAAUGAAGAUGUCAUGUAUUUUGGAGCAUUUCCUCAUGGAAAUGCAAUCACAUCGAGACGCUAAGGCAGAAGAACUACCGCAUCUGUAGUGCAAAAUGAUUAAUAUGGUGAUUAUUACUUCGAGGAAAUGAUAAAGUAAUGAUCAUUAAUAUUCUUCCUCGAGUUGCGUCCCCCCACUCCAGUCAAUGGACUCGCCCAAGGUCUUGCUUCAAACAAGCGGCUGCUGAAAGAGAGUAGGUGAGUUGUGUUUGGUCUCUUUGCUAAAGAAAUCAGGCAAAGCUAAAAAGAUGUUUGAUGGCUAGUACUAUGGCUGGGACCCCGUAUGUGCCGUUGAUAAAGUUAGGUGCUGUUCUGAGCAUUAUUUGUGGCUAUAGAGUGGCUUUUUGGCUGAGCACGUGGCUCUCUGUAUUGCUAUUGUGCAGUCGUUACUAAAGUUGGUAUAACUAGAGGAGCAAGUGGUCUGCAACAUUCAUCUCUCGAGGGGGUGUCUAACUCGGUGUUACAGUGUGUUUGACCAUAACUUAAUUUUACACUGGAAUUUUUCACAUGUUGCACAGGUUGAUAAAAAUAUAUAAAACAUGCAGGACAGCAGAAACUAUUAAAAAUGUGAAUAAUUGCCCAAAUGUCCUUGUGAAGCUCCUAGGAGGAUUUUUUGGUUUGUAUUGAUUUGGUGACCCAUAUGGACUAAAGUGUGUUACUCAUGUCUUUGCUAUUGUUUGUUCUGUUUUAUAAAAGACAAGUGUUUCCAGACAUGAAAAUCUAAAAAAAACUUCCUCUUUACAGUCUAGUGUAACAGUUACUGUAGAUUAUAAAAAUGGCUGUUUCCUGUAAUCACAGCCCAGUUGGCAAGGUUUACAAAAAAUUGCUACAAAGAAAAAGCUAAACAAGUCACUGCGGAUCAACACCUCAUUAUUAUAUUUUUUAAAGGUUCUUACAGAUUAAGAGAUGGAGCUGAGGUGCCCAACUCAAAAAGUUCUUAGUCUCCCUGUGCUGACUCGAGGUGCAAAUUUCACUGAAAAAGUUCAAACCUUAAAGAUUAAAAGCAGCAUGACAAACUAAAUGGAUUUAAGCUAGGCUUCCCCUUUUAAAGCACAGAUAAAAACAUAGGGUUGCAACAUGUAAAUGAAGCUGCCAACAGUUAAGACAGUACAAAAAGUUCAAAAAGUGGUAUUAAUUUCAGUCUGUUUCAUUACCAGCUGAAAACUCCUCACAGGAGCUUCAACAAUGCAAUCACAGAUCACAUUUAUUCUCAUGUCGUGCAGACAAACUCCUGAUUGCUCUCAGGUUCUCCAUGAUCUAUCUCGCUCCAUCUCCUCUCUUUUGUAAUGGAGGAUCUGCUGUGACAGCCUCUCUAAAAGAGAAGUAAUCAAUCAGUAAUCACAUGCCGCUACUCUGCCAGGUAAUGAAGGAGGAAAAGCAGUUGGAGAGUGUGUGCUUUACUUUUCACACAGUUCAAAUGUCAACAGUUCAUUGCGUGUGUUAGUGGAGGAUGGAGACCGGCUCUGUUGCUCUUUGCAUGUCUGUCCUGUUUCUGUUCAGCCAGUCACCACAGUGCAAGGUAAGCUUAGCAGUAAGCUGCCCCCUUAUACAUCAAGUGUGUCAGGUGUGUGCUUAAGGUGUGGCCCGGUCAACACGGGUGUGUUUCUGUGAUGUUUGGGGUCCUGUCUGCAGGUUUACCAAAACAUGCAAGCAGGACGAGUUUCUGCGGGGACACGCAUCCCUGAUAUUUAAGGAUAAUGUAGAAAGUAAAGGAGCUGCAUCUUGAUGAGGUACAACAACCACAAAUGAACAGAAUAAAAGCUUUCAUACUUCUUUUAUGACAGAGGCUCUAUUUUUGUGAGGGAUCAUUGAGAGAAGUAAAGUCAGAUGAUGCAUUUUAAUUAGUUAUCUGGAAUGAACUUUACUGAUUAGUCAUAGGGGCUGUGUGUUGUUUGUGCAGCAAGGAUUCUGUGGAGUAUUUAUGUGAAUUACCUCCAAAAGAGGAGCAAAAAAGGAGAUUUUUCCUCUAAAAUUUUGACAGCCACUUAAAAAAUUGUAUAUAUUCGAACCCUAAUCAUCCCUGAAUUUAAAUGGUCUGCUGGUUCGUUUUGGGUUAAAUCAACUGGUCUAUAAUAAAUCUGAUCCUGAAACAACUCAAAUAAUAACCAUAAUCAAAGGACUAAAGCAACUCAUGUUUGAUGGCCUUUUUUCUCCUUAUAUUGACUAAUCACAAGCAUUUUAUAUGGAGAGUUAAAUUAGCCAGAUCACACAAUGACAUCCUGGUAACCAUCAGAGGUAAUCUGAUGUCUUUUUAUUCACUUCUCUACAAACUUUAUUGUUUGUCAGUUUUGGUGCCACCUGUACACAAAGAGAAACCGUUUACAUAUUCACUAUUGUAUCCAGCACAUGUAUUUGGAGUGUUCUCAGAUGAAAUGUGUUAAAUUUCCUCUGGAAAAGGUAAAACACAGCCUUAUCUGAAGAGUGCUGCAAAACAUGUCACCGUAUACCCCCCCACCCACCCCCUUCAACAGGUAUUAAACAUGACUUUAUAAUGAUUAUCCUUCCUAUCAUUAAUGGUCUUGUUUGCCCAGGGAUUAAAGUUCUCCGUCUCUAGACGGAUUUCCGUCAGUUGGGAAAAGAGGGGGAAAAAAAAGUUGCCGUACAUUUGUUGUGAUUCAGUUUUGACUAUCAAAUUAAAUCGUGAUGCUGUUGUAAAACCAAUAAAGCCAGCCAGAGUUUUGGUACUUGUCAGACCUCCGUUGGCAGCAUCAUUGCCACCCCCACCCUCCAGCAUCAGAUCAGUAGCCUGCUAGAGGUUCUCUUAGCCAUUCUGCUCCGGUGGAAAAAAAAAAGGAAAAAGGAUGAAAGGGUCCAUUGGUAUGACCACUGGUAUGGACAAUGUAACCAGAAAAUAAAAAAUAAAGAAAUAUUGAAUGGAUAUCUAAAUACAAUAAAUAAAUAAUGAAUGAAUGAAUAAAUAAAUAGUGGAAAUGAUUGCACAGCAAAGUGUGGUGCAGCCUAUUGCAGGGGAAUAUGAACUGGACUGAAAAAUAAAAAAAUUAAAAUAUAUUUUUUUGCUUUAAUCCCUGUGUUUGCCCCUGUGGGCCAUAGGGAACAAUUACUGUUAUUUACAGCCUGUUGCAUAACCUUAAAAAACUCCUCACAGUAGCUUUAAAAUGUCUCUGAAUAAGAAAUCCAUUUGAUACUCUGUCACUUAAACCAAUCAGCAUUUAGAUUUCCCGACGACCUGGAAAGCAUCAGAAAUGAUGGAGCCAACCGCAAUUCAUCAAAUCAGUAAACACAUUUUUUUUCCUCCCCUUUUAAAGUAAAACUUGAUAAACUUUUCACACAUCUGCAUGAUACUGCUCUUUUUUGGGCAAACUUUAGGUCUGUAAAUAGUUCAUUAAUCAGAGGAAAAUCUGUUUCUCUUAUGAGGCUUAAGUCACAGUGAAGUCUGUGUGUGAUUUACAGAACAGUCUCAAACAGUCUCUAGAUAAAACACCUUAUACUUAAAAUCCAGCCCUAAAGUGUUGCAUUUCCUCUAAAAUAUUUCCUUCUUUUGCAGAAUUUUAAACAUACCCAAAGCAUUUGAAACUAAUUUAUCUUUUCUAUUUUCAAAAUUUCAAAAGAACCACAGGUUUGUGUGUCUCAAUUUGCAGAUUUAGUUGAUAAGUGCCCAUUUAUCAUUGUCACUCAAUUGUCAAAUUGGGUUUUUUUUCUACAAAAUGGAAAAUACUGCAAAAUUUUGGUUAACACGGCUCUGAUGCCAAGAAAAACGUUACCAAGCAACAGUCCAAAUUUCAAGGACAUUCAGUGAAAAGUGCUGCAAAACAGAGAGGAAAGUGAAGUCUUACACCAGAGACAAUGACGCAGAAAAAUUGAUCUUAUGCUUCAUAUGAGCUUUAAAAUGAAUGAAAGUUUUUAUUCUUGGUUACAGAUACAUUUAGUGAUAUGAAAUGAAACUUUUCGGCACAGUAAAGCAGGACUUUUACUGAGGAUAUGAUUUCAUAUUAUAAGUUCUGCUGCCUUUUUUGCAGGUUAUGUGUAUUUCCUUAUUGCUUCAGUAUAUUCUCAGCCAAGUCAAACAGAUUCAGCAUUUCUUUUCUUCAUCCUGACUCUCAAUAAGUACUCCACUAUCUCACAAAGCCGAGCGAGGGAAGAGAGAAAGGUGCAGAUGAAAAGCAUGAAGGUGAGCGUUGAGUGGAGUUGAGUCAAGUAGGAAAAGAGAGGUGCAGAAGAGAAAGGCAGAAGUGAGACCACAACCCAUCCAGAGUAUAAAAGCUGAGAGCUGGACUCAUCAUUAGAGGGACAAAGAUAGCUCAGCAAAGCCUGGGUCACAGACACAAAAGACACCUUUUAUUAAUGUGGGCUUCAACCAAUAGGAAGUCAAGAGACAGGACACCAUGUUAUCCAGAAGUUACACAAUUCUAGCAGAGCCACUCAUCGAGUUGUGUGAGUAAUACUGUGGUUUUAUUCACUGUGGAGUAACCGAGGUUUACUGACCCAACUGUCAUUGACGCACUCAGACUCGGAGCGUUUGAACUUUGAGUUAUUCUAUUACUAGUUUGUGAAGAGGUCAGGGGCUCCACUGAUAGGAGGAAUAAGUUAGCAGAGCAAUGUUUAACAUGAUUAUGAAAGUUUACAAAGUGAUGUUUGCCGGAGAACUUCAGGGAGCAUGAGAUGGAUGUACCCAGGCUAAACGCUGCACCACCUCCACACACUCAUUUAUCCAAAUGCUCAUACAGUUGCAGUCAGCAGCCAACAUGAAACAACAGAUACAAAGAUACUUAUUUAUCAGUUACAGUUUAAGCCACCCAUGCAGCCUGUUGAGCUUUAAGAAAUGGUGUUCAUAUCAAGCGCCUACCACCUGUCCAAAUAUGGUCACUUCAGGCUCUGGCAGCCAAAUGAAGAAUUGAAGGCUUGAAACAGAUUUAUUGUUGGUUUUGUUGCAGUGCAGGUGUGUUGAAAUGACUCUUUGAACUUGUAUUUAUGCUUUUUGUCAUACAUCUUCAACAGCAGGUUUAACUUUAGACCUGAAUCAGGAGCAGAGAGCAGGUCUGAGUCUGUUCGGAUGAGCAUGAAUGAAGCAUCUGCGUCAUUCUUCAUUCUCUUCACACUUGUUCACUUCUCUUUCUUCUUCUCUGCACAAACUCCCCUCCCCCUCCUCCUCCUCCUCUCCCUUCUUCUCCUUGUCCUUCAAUCCCCUUUCUCUCUGUUUUUCUCUGUGUCUCUUCUGGACGUUUGACAGAAGUUUGUCUCAUCCUCUUUGGCAGCUGUUGCCAUGGUUGUGUCAGUGCCUCUGAACUACCUGCGCUGGUAUUUCCAUGGACACAGAUCAGGAUGGCACCAGGCUCUAAGGUGUAGGAGGGAGGCAGUUCACCCGUGUCAGCAGUUCUGUGUGUUUGAAGACAUACUGACAGAGACAGAAUGAGAGGAGGAGGAGGAGGAGGCAGAAGAAGAAGAAAAAGAGGAGGAGGAUGAGGGUCUGGGAAGAUGUUAAACAUGAAGGAAGAGCUGGGAAAAACAGCAAAUGUAGAAGCGAACAGGAGAGUGAACGACUUCAUGCAGGGGAUGUUCAAGAAAAAUGCUGUGAAAAUGCAGAUUUCCCAUUUUUACCUAUCAGCACAGGCUGAGGCUGUUUCAUCCAGCUGUCUCCAGGGGGGUCUAAAGCUAAUCUUGAAGCUGUCCCAUUAAAAAUUAAGACAGAGACAUUAAACUUGAUUCUGCAUCACAGACUACCUAAAUGAGAAAAUGACGUCUUAAUCACUUAUUCUGCUCUCACGAGGGACACUGACAGGAUGGAAUUAUCGAGUGUGAUCGGCCAAUGCACACUUACUUAUGAUGCAUUGUUAUGAUAGAAUUAUACACAGCAAUAAAAUAGCCCUACAGAAGACGUUGGAUAUAAACGCUUUCUGCCGACUUUGCAAAGUCAACUGCAGAAUUAACGGCGUUCUGAAUGAACGGCGCUUUGAAAAGUCCCACAGCAUGUGUUAGACGUCACCAUCUACACAUGGACCAAUCAGGGGCUGCCUUUCCCUGUUGUCCGGGUAACAGUGGAAACACGGUCUCUGAUUGGCCCGGUUAUUUUCUGUUCGUGAAUACACGCUCCCAAUGGGCCGAAGUCCAGACUGUCGUGGGCAAGUGAUUCCCGCAACAGGAUGGCCCAGCCAGGCUAGGAGGACUCUGCUCUUGUUUGUCUUUAAUUUCCUAGUUGUUUAAAUGGGUAUGUAAAUUUUAACCACCCUGAUUGUCUCAGAGUAAGAAAAAACUCAGAAAACAGUCUAUAUUGUGCACAGUUUUUUGAAAACCGCUAUAUGGGAUCAGAGAUUCUGCAGGUAAACCGUGUUGGGGGUUUUUGCAGAGUGAGUCAAACAUUAUGUGUAGUCUCUGGUUUAUGCAGACAUGACUAUGCCUGUGUACAACUCUGUUUCUGUUGCAUGUUGUGCUUUGACAUCUGACAUCUGUGCUUUUUUGUUUCUAGGUAGUUAAAUAUUUUGGUGAGUCAGCAAAAAUCAUGUUCAAAACUUGCUUUACUGAUGAGCUAUUAUGGUGAGGACUUGGGUGAGCAAGAUGGCAUUCAAGUUCCCUGAUCUUGCACAUCCUCAGUUAAUGUUUUCUUAGAUUAAACUGAGCGUCUUUAUAUUCACCUGCUUGGAUUUUUUUUGUGAAUGUUUUGGUUGUGGUUCCCUCCUGUUUGCUCUUGGUUAUAUUUUAUCUGAUUAAAAACAGGCGCAGCCUUCAAGAUUUCCAAUUUAUAUCCACCAAAUUCAGCUUUCUAAUCCUAUAUUUUUUACCUGUGAGGGUGAAAUUCAAUCAUCUCUCUGAUCACAGAUACUCAACAUAAAGCCUCUCUCCCAGCCGUCACAUAAAGCUGGCAUCCUCAUUCCCUCCUUUUAUCCAUCAUUGUUACCCCUCUAAUGCUCCCAUUCAUCAAUCAUCUCUCCUCUGCCUGUUUGACAGCAGGGGGUUCGACCCGCAGCCAAAAAAAGCCCUCCUGCAGCCUCUCCAUCUUGACCCUCUUCACUUUCCAAACAGCCAAGCAAUCAAGGACAUCUGCAGAUGGUGCGGAGCAUCCUGCCUGUCUGUAAUAAAAAGCUCAGACAGAAGAGAGAAAGAGGGGGAACAAAACGAGAGGCUGCGACUGACUGCAGCUCCUCUGUCAGGUCCCCUGCUGAUCAGACAUCUGUGUGUGGCACACUCACCCCGGCUGCUGUUUGGGUCUGUGCUGCUACACCUGUAGAGCAAGUCAAACUGACAUUUUUGUCCUUAAACCCCGUCACUUUGAUAUCUUUGAACAGUAGCACAGAACAGGAGCAGUUCUUUAUGCCUUAACUAAAGGUGCUGUUGUUACACAGCUUUAAGCUUUAACAGGUAAGCAAACAGCAACUUUUUUUCGGAGUCUUUCAGCUGUCUCAUAAAAAAAAGACUUGUCUGAGUGUUGCGUCUUUAAGUCUGCAGAGGUUGUUGGGAAAAUUCUGCAUCAGCGGUUGUAAAGUUGAAAUAUUUGGUUCUGGUCUACGACCAGCUUCAAGGUAGACUCUGUAUUUCGGCAAAAUUUGUCUUUUUUUUAUACAACAGAGUAUUGGGACAACAUUAAGAAAACUAGAAAAGCCCUCUGAGAGCUCAGACCUCCGCCAAGCAGCUCAUGUCCCCCCUUAUAAUGUUCCUAAAACAAGAAAUGCCCUGACCCGGAUUUGAACCCAGGACCUUCUGGCUGUGAGGCGCCAGUGCUAACCACUAUACCACUGUACCGCCCAUCUACACCACUGUGCUGCUCAUUGGUUAUUUUGUGUUCUGGAUCACAGUAUCCAGAAUUUUGUCUGGAUCAGGAUCAACCUUUGAGACCUCAUAAAACUCAUUGAGAUCCUUUUGUGUAUUUUUUUUACUUAAGACUCUGGCCAUUUUUUAUAGAGUUAAAUGCAAAAAUUCCAAAAUUUGCCCUAUCUCACAAUAAUAAAGAAUCCUUCAGAAAAUGGGAUCCUCCUAGGGCAUGUUGAAAAGUACAGUGAGAUAAUUUCUAACUCCAAAAUUUUGUUUUAUGUAUUUUAUUUCCAUUUAUAUUGGCAUGAGAUUGCAAAAGAAAUAAGAAGUAUUUUGAACUUAGUUGGAGCCACAAAAGGCUACAACACUAAAGUGACUGCAGGCAACUUUACCAAUGAAGAGUGACUGAGAUUUAAACAUGAACACAAUAGAAAGGUUCUGAAUAAAUGGACUUUAAGCUCUUCUUUGUAGAACCUGUUCAGGAAACAUAGAUGACCAUCUUCUGUUCAAGGUAGACUUUGUAUUUCGGCACUAUUUUGAGCAUUUUUGAUGCAUUUUCUGAGCUCUGUGUGCUGAACAAAAGAUAACCUCUCUACUUCAUCUAAAAUUAUUCAAACCCCUCUGUUAUUCCUCCCAUCAUGACACACUCCUGCUUGGCUGUGAUGAAAACACAUCCACAUGAUGAGUACUUCUAAUAGAGGUACUUCACUUCUGACCCUGAGCGUCCUCGCUGGGCUGGCGUGCUGGAUGUCGUGUUUUGACUCAGCGUUCAUCAUACUCCGUUUCCUAUCUCUGUAUCCCUCUAACACAACACAAGCUUCAUCUGGAGAUUUUCCACUUCAGUUCAACAAUUUUCUUCAUUUAAACACAGAGUCAGUGUUAGGAUGGAGUUAGAUUUUUGGUACACCUGCUGCUGUUCGUAAUUUAGCUUUACUGCCUUUGUGGAGACAAGAGCCCUCAGCUCAUGGAUGUUUGCGAGGCAAAGCUGCGUCACAUGUCCCUCUGCUAUUGUUCCUCUGCACAUCAACACUUUUUACAAAGCUAGUGGCUGUUGUCCAGGGAAACACUCCUUAAGGUUUGUGUUGGGCCUCUCUCAGCUGCUGCUUCCAUCACACACAGCUUGCAGUUGAAGAGGAAAAAUGUGAUUUUGGGCAGAUAUUUAAACAGAUGGUUGUGGUUUAGAGCAGUCCUGUGGGAGAGAUGGCUAUACUGUCCAUGUCAAACUCUGUCUCUGUUUUCUCCUCAGGGGAUUCUUUCACUCAGUUCCGGUUUUCUGAAGAGAGGGACUGGGAGAUGGACUCAUUUGCAGCCAAUCAGGUAAUCUAUACUCCACCUAAUUAGCGGUAUCUUACAGAUUCAACCUGCUGUGUGACGAAUGGAUCCAACAUCGUCCCCACUGUUAAAUGCAAACUGCUCUCUGUACUGUAUAUGUUUUUGUAAACUUGUGGAAAGAUGAGUGGGAUUGUCUGGUCUGGUUUUUUAACUGAUUCAGAUCAUACCUACAAAGCAGUCCGUACUUGGUGUCCAUCAGAGACUGUUUUAAGUCAACUGGAUGUUGUGCGGGGUUCCCCAAGGCUCAAUCCUUGGACCUCUACUGUUUGGUCAGAACAUGCUUCCACUUUCACACAGUAUUUACAAGAAUAAAACACAUUAUUACACACUUUGUGAUUAAAAUGUGUGUUAUGAAUCAAAUUUGGACUUGAAUUUUUCAACUCUGCGAUAUUUAAUUAGCUUAUGGCGCCCCCGUGUGAGUAAAGGGAUCUCUGUUCCAGACAUUUUCUAGUAAUGCUGACAAAAAAAAUAAAAUCCUGCUUUCUGUAGGUGAAAUCUGUCACUUGCUGUCUCUAGUUUAAAAAGUAUUUUCCGCGGCAGUGCUGUGAACAGACUUUCCUGACACCUACCCCUUCACAGCAGCUUCAGGCAAACAAAGAAACUGUUUUAUUUUUUCACUUUGUAAGUUAGGAAAAAGCAUCACAUGCAAUGUCAGCCUCUUUUAUUAUUGGUAAAAAAUAUCUUCAGGUGAGUUUUAAUUGAAAAUUUGGUCAAAGAAUAUUUUGUAAAUGUUGAAAAUUGUGCGCCUGUAUUGUUUAAAGCAUGUGACGUCAUUCUGAAAAUGUCUUCUCAAUUUGUUGAUUUCAUUCAUUGCAGAGGACUAAGAGACAGGAAAUAAACUUGUUCGUCACACACAUAGAGUGUUUAUAGAAUGGACGUCAUCUGCCUCCUCGCUGGGUGAAGCCACCGUGAGAACAGCACCAUCUGGUGAUGGGCUGCUGCAUAGGUCAUAAAUCCCGCCUCCUCCAGUCAUCCCUAUGGCAUUGUGGACAAACUUUAGAAAUUAAUUACACAGAAUAUACAUUUUUCUCCCCCCUGGUUGCGAUGUUGACAUGUAGUUAUCGUAAGACUAGUUUGUGGACUGUGCUCAAGUCCUCUUUUUUCUGUACAGCUCCAUUAUUAAAGUUAUUAGGGGGUUCAUGUUUUCUAUGAUUGACACUUAAUACAGCCUAUGGGCAUAUGAAGAUUACGUAGCUCACCUGGGGGAUACGCUGUUUGAGCAGAGCAUCAUCACAGCGACUCUUGGCGACUCUCUCGCCAAAUGCUGCUCAAGUGGUGGUGAGCUUACAAGGUUAUUGUGCAAGUGGUGGUUCCAGGAAGUGAAGAAAAUCCUGGAAAGGAAGGAGGGACCAAGUUGUCCAUAGUAUAUACAGUCUAUGAAUAGACUUAUAGUGAGUAAAAAAAAAAAGUCUUAAUUAAAAAUGUCUUAAUUUAGCUGAUUUAAACAUGACUUUUUUGUGUGUAUGUCAUUGACAGAUUUUAACUCAUGACGGGUUAGAUUUGAUUUAUGGUUGCUAAUAUCCUUAAAUGAGACAUCUGUCAGCACUUUCAAGGUGAAUGUGUCUAAUGAGAUAUAUUAUACAAAAAAUACGGCAAAGCACUGUGAAAAUGGUAAAUAGGCUUAAUGAGGGAUAAUUCUUUAUUUUAGAUUUACAAGUGAAAAAUCACUCAUAAAUGAAAACAUGCUCUUAUUCCAACAUCUUGUAAUCUGUGUAGUCUACCGUCAUCCGUGUGUUUGCAGAUCCAGCGCAGUGCAUCAAACAAACACACAGGAUUAUGUAAUGCUUCCUGAACUCUUCCUGCUUCUUGAGAUGUAAUGUUUGGUUCUCCUUUUGUGCAAGAACAAAAGAGUGCUGACCCACACCGGCAGGAUACUUAUAUGGAUUACAAAAUGUUUGGAGACGUUGAGACGAGAAACUGUUUUCACAUCUUUGUACACUGAGUAGAUCUAUUGAUGUUUUAAUGUUGAUUUUAAUGCCUUUUUUUUCUUACAUUAUCUUUAUGCGUUUGAAGCAUUCAGGGUUGAUUUCUGCUCUUAAAUGUUGUGCCUGCUCCUCCUUCAGAUGUCUGCAGUGUUUGUAGAUCUUCCAGCACUCGCUCAGAGUCUCCAACAGCUGCCUCUGCACCAAAGACUAAACCUGGAGGCCGAACUGCUUCAGGUACAUUCAUCACCGCACUGAAGAGAAAACUCUCAUAACUGGUUUUGGUUGCAGAUUAAAGAUCUGUCCCACUGAUCUUUUACCAGGUGUCCACACCAGUAGAGCUGCCCUCUGUGACCCUCCCACAGAAACAGGAGAUGCCAAAAGUGUCCACAUUCUCUCCUCCAGCUGAAGCUUUGAACGUCCCCAGCACCAACCAGAAAGUGACUGUUGCCACAAACUCAGCACUAGACCCAAGAUCCAAAGUUUCCUCCAGCACCACAGAGUCCCUGCCAGAGGAGGAUGUUGAUGAAGAGCUGGACCAGCUGCUCAGUUUACAGAAACCAGUCCAGGCUGUUUCAGGAAACCAGACUGUCAGUGUGUCAGAGGAGGAGAGAACAGCUCCAGAGAGGGGUGAGAAUAUUCAGCAGGAGUUAUUCAAGCUCUCAGCUAAAACACUACAGUUUAAAACUUGGAGGAAGUUUGAUGGUUUGAGAAAUGCAUUCAUUGACUUUCAUAUCUGAACUUGCAUAAAUUUGAGGCUAGAGUAAAGCAUAGUUUAAGUUAGAUUAGCAGCCUUGAGGCAAGAGGGAACAGCAAUCCUGUCUCUGAGGAAAGAAUGUUAAAAAAGAAAGAGAUAAAUAACACCUAUACAGAAACUUAAGGGUAUGACUGGUAUUUGGCUUUAACUGCAGUUGCCAGGUAACCAGAGAAGACACCAAGCAGCUCAGAGUUUGCUAAAUAAUAGUUAUUGAGCUUUUUUGUUUAAUAGGAAAAGAGAUAACUCACAAUCAAGAGAAGUUUAGAGGUGAUGGAGGGCAGUUUUUCAUAACAGGUGAGUGUAGCGAUGUUGUGAUGGUUCAGAUUUUGCAGCUUUAAGGAAACCUCUUAUUUACAGAAAAGCUGUCAGUAGCCACGUUUACAUGCAGACUUUUUUCUCAUUCGGAUUAUAAUCAUUCCUAUUGAAGCUCCCAGGCGAACUGUUUACAUGGAAGCGAUCUAUUCUGAUCUGGUGUUUACAUGUGCCACGGCAUUCAAUCGGAACAGCUAUUUACAGACACGUGAUACCUUCAAACAUCACGUGAUUGAUUGAUCACGUGAUCUCCGACGCAGACCAGUGCAUCGUGCUCUGCUUGGAAGCCGCCAUCAUGUUUCCAUGUGAGUCAUACGUCACUACUUGUUUACAUCAGGACAGAGCAUGCGCAGACAGAACCCAGCCUGACAACUUUCCGAUUCACCGUUUACAUGACAGGAUUUUGCUUUUAAUCGGAAUGGGAAAAGGAAAAUUCUACCCCUGUGAAUCGGAAUGAAAUUCCAUUCGGAAUGGGCCUGUUUAUUCCGAAUGAGGUGUUUAUAUGGAGCAUUUUCAUUCCGAUUGGGCUUCUAAUCCGAUUAUAUUCGGAAUAUUUGGCUCCAUGUAAACGUAGCUAGUGUUAUUGGUGUUUUUGUCUGGUUCCCCAAUUGAGAAACAUAAGAAGGAAACGACCUUUACAGGAUAAAAGCAGGUCUUUAAUUGACAGUCUUCAAGGAGAGUCUAAGUGCCUCAAGCACAUUUCUCAUUACAGCUUUAUACCAAAAACACUGCAACAUUUUCACCUUUUUUCCCCAUUUCUACUUAUGUCUUGCUGUGCUUUGACUUUAUUGUCACCAUAUUUGUUUUUGUCAUAUCAGAAGUCUAAUUAUGCAGUAUUAUUCGUCACACACAUAGACUGUAUAUAGAAUGGAUGCCGUCUGCCUCCUCGCUGGGUGAAGCUAUCAUGAGAACAGCACCCUCUGGUGAUGGGCUGCAGUAUAGGUCAUAAAGCCUGCCUCCUCCAGUAAUCUCUAUGGAGCUGUGGACAAACUUUAGAAAUUUAUUACACAGAAUAUACAUUUUUCUCCCCCCUGGUUGCGAUGUUGACAUCUAGUUAUUGUAAGUCUAGUUUGAGUUUAAGUCCUCUUUUUUCUGUGCAGCUCAAUUUUUAAUAGUUAUAAGGGGGUUCAUGUUUUCUAUGAUAUGCACUUGUUACAGCCUAUGGGUAUACGAAGGUUGUGUAGAUCGCCCGGGGAUAGACUGUUUGAGCAGAGCGUCAUUACAGCGACUCUCCCGCUGAAUGUGACAAUGCUACUGCACAAGUGGUGGUUUCAGGAAGUGGAGAAAAUCCCAGAAAUACAGAGAGCUUUUUUGCUUCAAAUUCAUAUAAUGAUGGAAAGCAGAGCCAAGUUGUCCAUAGGCUUUCCAGUUAACGGUUACAACCUUGUUUGCUAUUUAUUUUCUGAAGGAUUAAUUUAGAGGGCUUAGGCUUUGUGUAAGGGGACAGGACUGUGGACAGAGCAGCGACUGACAUACAGUCAAGGGGCUGCAGGAGGGAAACACACCUCUAUAUACGAUACAGCAGACUGCUUGGCUGGUUAUAAUAUCACAACUUAAUUUUUAUCUAAUUUUUGUCUCAAUACAGGGACUUUGUUCUCUUUUUUCUUUUUUGUUACAUCUAAACCAUAUUCUUGCAGUUUUCUCUUCUUUCUCCCAAUACUCAAACUUUUUCUUCCUAUCAUUAUGAGGUUUGAUUAAAACCUGAUUCUCAUUAGGGCUGCCAGAAACGAUUAAUCUGAUAAUUGACAUGACUAUGAUUAUUUUUUGCGAUUUAUCGAAUAAUCGUGGCAGCCGUGUACAAAGCCGUAAUUCUCAUAACUCCAUUUGUUCCCAAGAAAAUCUAAGAGGUUAUUUUUCUCUUAAUGUGGCCUUCAUACUUCAUUACAGCAACAUCCGCAUUAAAGACUCAAACAGCUUUAUAUCAAAGAUUAUUAAAGCUCUACUGAACUCCUUAUGGAUUUCUCUCCAUUUUCUUUUCUUUUCAUCUGCAGAGUGCAAUGAAGUGAAGGAGGAGGCACCAGAGGAGAAAAAAGAGAAGAUGAAAAACAAAGAUGUCACACCUCCUAAGUCUACUCCUCCUGCUCGGCAGACAGUGACGGAGGAGGAUCUGGAGGACUGGCUGGACAGUAUGAUCUCCUGACCAUCAGAAAGACUUCAUCAGACAUGAUUUCAAGCUAUUCUCUAACUUUCAGACAGUGUAAAAAUUUACGUGUUGAAGGAACAUUAUUAUGUCUUUUCGGUCAGGUAAUUCGUUAAUCUAGUUUUUGGGUGUCAAAGAUGAGAAGGACAAGGUGUGAUGAUGUUCCCUCUUCAACUCGUGAGGCUGUGAAAGUUACAGACUGUGAGAGCGUUGCCUUCUUGUUGGUGAGAUCUCAGCCGCGGAAGAGACAGACGACACCUUUGGAUUUAUUGCGUCAAUAACUUUAUUCAUUUCCUCCCCCUCGUCAAAGGAAAUGCAGGUUUUACCAAAGCUACUACAUACAUACAAAUGGCCAUACAGUAGCAGUUUAACCAUUUUGUCAUCAAUAAAUCAGUGAACCUACUCCGGUUCUUGUUGUCUUCCUAUGUUGUCGGACUUUUCUUCCAUGGAGAGAAGUGCAGGCAGGCAGGACACCACAGCUCAGGAACAAAACCAAACUAAGCAACAUUUACACAAAGAUCACCUAGAUUUUAUACAACAAAUGUUUUUGCGCUCUCUUUUUUAAAAUUUGUCGAAAGCCACAA